UCAGCAAUAAAAUCCAAUAGUAUCCCAUCACCUUUCCCAAUCACUGGACGACACACAGUAUCAGGAGUAGAACUGAAGUUUAAUGGCAACAUUCCUGCUUUUAUGAGAUUCUCCCAUGCAAGGGAGGGACUCACCAUCAUUAUUACAGUAACCAAUCCCAUAGAUGUUACCUCCCACACAUCUCCUCCCCUUAGAUUAACAGUUAACAUAAUUAUACAGUGCAUAUGGUACAAAAAAAAGCUACAAAAAAAAAUAAAAAAAUAAAAAAAUCACAAUGUGCACAUGCAUAACCUAACAAAAACUUCUAAUUAAUAAAAUAAUAUGUCCAAUAAUGAUUGACAGCAUGCUUGAAAUAAAUAUCACAUUGCAAAUAUAUUAAAACAAUGACUAUAAUUAAAACACACACACUCGCUAGAGACAGCUAUCAGUGUGAGUGAACUAUCAUAGAUCAUAUCUGAAGAAAUGGAAAUUACAUCACUGACAAACUUAAAUAUUAAUUAAAAGUGCAAAAAAAAAAAAAAGACCAAGAAAGGAUGACCUCAUAUCUUGAAGAGGCUACGGUUUAACCUGAAACAUUGAUUGUUUAACUCCAUUAAAGUCUGAAAUGGGAUCUAUGUGGUCCAUACAUUUUUUAUUCUUUUGCUUUUUUUUAUACAUUAUUGAUCGGUCCUUGUAGUCAUCCUAGUCUAUGUGGCACCAUAGUUUUAAAAUAAUUAUUUCUAUUGGGGAGUGCCGGUCCUGUAAAAUGAUCUCCCAACUUUGAGUAUAAUGAUAAUCAUGUUUAUAAUGUUGUGCCACAGCCCUGUCAAGAGUCAAAGGAGUAGAGGGUGAGUCCAGUGAGGAUUGAAAGAUGUUACAACUAGGAAGAAAUAAAUAGAGAACAGAGAAGAAAGAAAGAUAAAGAGGAAAAUGUAGAAAAAAAAAUACACAUAUACAUAUAGAUAGAUAUAUACGUAAAGUAAAUUGGCAGCACUCAAAGGACUUAAAAACAUGAAAAAAUUUACUAUUAAAUGGCAAUAUCAUCAUCAUUUUGGAGAGACAAAAAUACAUAUACACAGAAAAAUAUGGAAGCUUAUGGGGGAAAAGGAUACUAACGUAAUCUUUACAACAGACUGUGUUAUCUAAACAUGUCAUCUUGAUUAAGUUUUGUUUUGCUUUGUUUUUUAAAUCCUCAGAAUGGACAAGUCGAUUUUUCAUUUUUUAGUCCUGAUUGUUUCCACCUCUCGAUCAAAGGUCAUGAACAGCUGGCAAAGGGGGUCUGGAACAAUAUGGUAAUUUAUAUGCACAUAUAAUGUCAGACCAUAAACAAAUUAUACAGGCCAGAACUCUAAAAUGUUUGUCUGUUGUCCUUAUCCAGGUCACUUUGCAUACAUAUUUUUAGUUUUAGAUUUUAUAGUUCAAUGAGUACUUUGCUUACUGCAUAAUAAAUAAUAUAUUCUGUUUAUAAAGCCCUUUGCAUUAAGCCACUGUUUUAUGGGUUGAUUGCAAUUCCAGCUCCAACCAGCAGGACAGAAGUACCAAAUGAAGAGCAUAUCAGAACACAUACCGCUUCUUUGUCCUUAUAAGGUAUGCUAUCAGAUUGUUGCUGUAUGCUAAAAUAUAAUGUGUAUCAUUUGCAUCAUGUAUUGGAAUUGUAUAUUUUACAAUGCAGAUGGGGUGGAAUAUUAAAAUAAUGCAAUUUUUUUUGUAUUAGGUACCUAUAUGAAUACCCCCUCUAUUAACUGUAAUUUAGUGCGGUAUUAUUUUUAAAUUAUAUUUUGGAGGUUAUGGUGGGUCAAUAUUAGCACCAAAUAGUCAGCGGAGUGCCAACACAUUUAUGUAUGUUAUGUAUUAAAAUAAUGCAUACUAGGGUUACAAAUAUUCUACAUAGUUUGCAUGUUGUAGUUGUUACUCUCAAAUAAAGGUUUAAAACAUGAAAAGCCAUGCUUCCCUCUUGCAUGUCGUACCGGGGAUUAAAUCAUGGUAAUGAAUCAGAAUUCUAUUUCCGUUUUCACAGGAUCACCCAUAUAUCUACACAAGGACACAGAAGAACCAGGACACAGUAGAAGAACCCAGCUCUUCGUAUUUGCUGAAAGGAUCCCAGGCUCUUAUUAUGCUCUUCUUCCUCAGUGCUCUGUCUUGGCAGCUGGGCUUGUAAAAAAGAAAAAAGUAACUAAUUCUUACAAGAACAAUAUGUUCAGCAUAACUCUGCACUAUGCAUUCUCUAUAUGGAAUUCACUUGACUGUUUCCAUGAUGGACUAUUUAUUUUAGAGAGAACACUGUAUGAUAUCAUAAUUAACGUCACAGGCCUUCCUUACACAACCAAUUUUUAGUUCUGCUAAACCAUUAUGUGUCUUCUCCGCAGUUCUAGUUACAGUCUUCACCCAGUGGAGAAACAACUGACUUUGGUGAUUCAUAGUUACAUAGGCUAAAAAGAGAUAUGGGUCCAUCAAGUUCAGCCUCUCUCACAUGUGUUAUUUGCUGUUGAUCCAAAAAAAGGCAACUGCCCCACGCCCGGUUGAAGCACUUCCAAUUUUGCAACAAACUAUGGAAAGAUGCCUUCUUGACCCCACAAUGACAAUCAGUUUUAUCCUUGGAUCAAGAAGCUAUUACCCCACAAUUUAAAAAUUAUAUCCUUGAAAGUUAUGUUUUUGCAAGUAUGCAGCCAGUUGAUGUUUAUACAUCUGUAUAGAUUCUGAUAAAACCACUUCUCAGGCAGAGAAUUCUACAUCUUUAUUGUUCUUACUGUAAAAAAAGACCUUUCCUUGUGAAUAGAUUUCCAGAUAAUUUGUAUUGGCCCCGGAUAUAUUUGUAUAAUGGCAUGGCUGUGAUUGGCCAGUGCAGCAUGUGACCCAGCCUCUAUGUAAGCUGGAGUCACAUGAGCUCGUAAUAGUGUAGGGAGAGGAUGCUGCAGCUGUGAAGGACAGAUUAGGAAAUAAUUCUGGUGUUGAAUCUGCAAACUACAGCGAUUAUUUUUGUGGGUGCUACCUGUACCCUGCCCUGAGCCCAGUGCCACAGAGAAAUAAGAAAUCAGUCUGUUUGUUAGGUGGGCACUUGCAACUGCAUGUGUGCCAGGCACAUUACUUUAAUCCUGUUCUGGUAGCUCAGUGGGCAACGUCUAGGCAUUUUUAAAUACUGCUGUGAUAUUGAAGUUUGACAAAUUCACAUUACUUUGGUGCUAAAAAGUAAAUUUGUGGCGUGCAUUUCAUAUCUGAGAGUCAAAUAGAACCGCCAAAUACUGUGGUUACAUCGCAGUUUGACCAAUUCAAAUUUUUGGGGUGCUAAAAAGUACAUUUGUGGCAUGCACUUCAUAUCUGAGAGUCAAAUAGAACCGUCAAAUACUGUGGUUACACCGCACUUUGAAAAAUUCUAAUUUAAACCAUCUGUUAGUUUGGUGGGUGAACGCAAAGAAUGAGGAGAGUGUCAUAUAAGGGACGUGGCCCUGGUCGUGGUGCUGGUGGUGUUGGUGGAGCUCCUGUUGCAGGGAGAGGACAUGGUUGAUCUGUUGAGCUACACGCACAAGUGAAACACCUUCCUCAGGUGCGAGUAGGCGACAGAACCUUCAGCAUUAUUUGGUAGGCCCGAAUGCCGCUCUACGAAUGGUGAGGCCAAAACAAGUACAGGCGAUAGUAGAUUGGAUGGCUGACAGUGCCUCCAGUUCCUUCACAUUGUCUCCCACACGGUCCCCUGUUGAAAGCUCAGCGUUGGCACCUGCAGCCCAUGGUCAUCUGUCUUUGACCUCAGCCACUUGUAAAAUCAGCCAAGCAGUCUGAGCCACAAGUCAUGCAGCAGUCUCUUAUGCUUUUUGAUGGCUUUGCUGGUGGGGUUUCCGUGGGCCAUGCACCUAGCCCUACCCCAGAAGUGGAAGAGAUGGAGUGCACUAAUGCACAACCACUUAUGUUUCAGGAUGUGGACAUGCAAGGACCACCGCAGCACGUCUCUGAUAAUGACAAAACACAGGUGCCAACUGCUGUGGCUUUCUGCAUUGUGCAGACCGGCAAUGAGGGCAGGGUUGAGGAGUGGGUGGAAGAUGAUGUGGAGGAUGAUGUGGAGGAUGAUGAGGUCCUAGACCCAACAUGGAAUCAAGGUCAUGCGAGUGACAUGUCCAGCGUGGAGGAAGAGGCGGUGGUCACACAGAGGCACCAGCACAGCAUAAGAGGGAGCAGGGUGCAAAAGAUUAGCGGCCCUCCCCUAGACGGUACGCCUGCUACUGCCCACCGCACCCAGGUACAGAGCACACCAAAGCCAGCUCCAAGGAGUUCCCUGGCGUGGCAGUUCUUCAGACAAUGUACUGAUGACAAGACAUGAGUGGUUUGCACGCUGUGCAAUCAGAGCCUGAAGCGAGGCAUAAACGUUCUAAACCUGAGCACAACCUGCAUGACCAGGCAUCUACAUGCAAUGAACGAGCUGCAGUGGAGUAAGCACCUCAAAAAUCAAGAAAGGUCUCAGGCUCCUCCUGCUUCCUCUUCUGCUGCUGUCUCGGCCUCUUCCUCCACCUCUGGAGUGACAGUGGCACCUGCCACCCUGCAAACAGAGGAUGUGGCAGCAACUCCACCACAUCCAUCACCGUCCCCAAGUAUCUCCAUACUGUCCCAUAGAAGCGUUCAGCUGAGAGAUCCCGCAAUCCCUGGCCCUGAAUGCCAGCAUUUAAAAAUUCCUGGCCUUUGAAAUGCUGUCAUUCAGUCUGGUGGAGGCAGAAAGUUUUAAAAACAUGAUGGCGGUGGCUGUCCUAUAGUACGUCGUUCCCAGCCGCCACUACUUUUCCAGGCAAGCCAUCCCUUCCCUGCACAACCAAUUGGCAGACAAAAUCAGGUGUGCACUGCGCAAUGCCAUCUGUGACAAGGUCCAAAUAACCACUGAUACAUGGACCAGUAAGCUGGGGCAGGGACGCUAUAUCUCCCUAACUGCACACUAGGCAAAUGUACUGGUGGCUGGGCCUGAGGCGGAUAGCAGUUUGAUGCAUGUCCUUCUGCCACCGAGGAUUGCAGGGCAUUUCUCUUUGCCUCCUGUUGCCACCUCCUCCUCCUCCGCUUCCUCCUCCUCUAUCACCCCCUCAUCCGGUCAGCGUAACAACUUCACCACCAACUUCAGCACAGCCAGGGGGAAAUGACAGCAGGCUGUUUUAAAACAAGUAUGUUUGGGGGAAAAACUCCACACCAUGCAGGAGCUGUGGACAGGCAUGGAAAAACAGACCAAUGAGUGGUUGUUGCCACUGAGCCUCAAGCCCAGCCUGGUGGUGUGCGAUAAUGGGCGAAAUUUUGUAGCAGCUCUGGGCUUAGCCGGUUUGACGCACAUCCCUUGCCUGUCGCAUGUGCUGAAUUUGGUGGUGCAGAAAUUCCUGAAAAACUACCCAGAUAUAUCAGAGGUGCUGCAGAAAGUGCGGGCCGUCUGUGCACGCUUUCGGCAUUCUCACCCUGCUGCUGCUCGCCUGUCUGCGCUGCAGCGUAGCUUCUGCCUUCUAGCUCACCGCCUUUAAUGCAACAUGCCCACAAGGUGGAACUCUACCUUGCACAUGCUGGAGAGACUGUGCAAGCAGCAGCAGGCGAUAGUGGAGUUUCAGCUGCAGCACGCACGGUUCAAUCGCUCUGCGGAACAGCACCACUUCACCACCAAUGAGUGGGCCUUCAUGCGAGACCUGUGUGCCAUGUUGCGCUGUUUCGAGGACUCCACCAACAUGGCCAGUGCUGAUGACGCCGCUCUCAGCCUUACUAUCCCGCUUCUAUGUCUCCUUGAAAAAACGCUUCGGGCGAUGAUGGAAGAGGAUGUGGAACAGGAGGAAGAGGAGGAGAAAGAGGGUUCAUUUCCAUGGUUAUCAGGCCAGUCAUUUACAAGUGGAUGGUUUCCUGCACCAGCAUAGGCCAAGUACACAAUUGUCCAGCCAGGGCACAGUUCUGGAGGAUGAGGAAGAGGAGGAUGAGGAGGAGGAACCAUGUUCACAGCAGGGUGGCACCCAACGCAGCUAUUGGGUAUCAUUGGAGCAUGGCUGGGGGGAUAUGGAGGACACAGAUGAUACACCUCCCACAGAGGACAGCUUGUCCUUGCCUCUGGGCAGCCUGGCACACAUGAACUACUACAUGCUGCAGUUCCUGCGCAACGACUGCCAUUCUAACUUGUGUUGAUUACUGGGUGGCCACCCUGCUGGAUCCCCGUUACAAGGACAACGUGCCGUCCUUAAUUCCCUCACUGGAGCGUGAUCGGAAGAUGCGCGACUACAAGCGCAUGCUGGUAGACGCGCUGCUGAGGGCAUUCCCAACUGACACUGGGGGCUCAGUGGAAGCACAAGGCGAAGGCAGAGGAGGAGGAAGAGGUUGCCGACACAGCUGGGGCACCACCAGCACCUCAGAAGGCCAUGCUAAGAAGGCAGGGUUAGCAUGGCCGAAAUGUGGAAAAGCUUUGUCAGCACGCCACAACAACCAGCACCACCAGCUGAUAUUGAACGCCUUAGCAGGAGGCAGCAUUUCAGCAACAUGGUGGAACAGUACAUGUGCACACGCCUACACGUACUGACUGAUGGGUCUGCCCCAUUCAACUUCUGGGUCUCCAAAUUGGGCACAUGGCCUGAGCUUGCCCUUUAUGCCUUGGAGGUGCUGGCCUGCCCUGCAGCCAGUGUAUUGUCUGAACAGGUGUUUAGCACGGCAGGGGGCGUUAUCACAGACAACUGCAGCCGCCUGUCCACAGCCAACGUGGACAAGCUCACGUUUAUUAAAAUGAACCAGGCAUGGCUCCCACCAGACUUGUCUGUACCUUGUGCAGAAUAGACAUUUAUACCGGCCUCACCCAGCCAUUGUUAUACUCAAGUGCACUUAUUCUUUGUUUUUUUUGUUUUUUAUAUGUCCCAAUAUUUUGGGGGCUACCCCAAUAAAAAAAAAAAAAGAAAGAAAGAAAACGAACAAACAAAUAAAAAACAGUGUUGGCUACCUCCUCCACCACCGCUUCCACCUACACCGCCACGGUCACCGCCUCCUCAAUUUCCUACUCCACAUCCACCUCCUCCUCCUAGUUCAAGAUUAUUAUUUUAAAUUUUUAUGUAUUUUAUGUUAUUUUAAGUUCUUUCCCUAUCCACAUUUGUUUGCAGGGCACUUGUCCUACUCUUUCUCCCAAACUUACUUUUGCAGCCCUGUAGCCCUUUCCAGGACUUUUUUAGAGCCAUUUUAGUGCCCAAAAGUUCAGGUCCCCAUUGACUUCAAUGGGGUUCGGGGUCAAGUUCGAGUAUGAACUCAAACUUUUUGCAGAAGUUCGGCCGAACCCGAACAUCCAGGUGUCAGCUCAUCUCUACCUGUGGGCAAUAAAUGUUGAACCUUGCAUACAUAUAGAAAAGAAAAAAUGUGCGACUACGCAUGCCCCUGUCAAACUCAUUUAUUUGUUCAUAUAUGUUGAUUCACGCUGUUGUGGUGUUUGUGGAAACUUUGUACCUACGCGCACAACAAAAAUAAAAAAUUAAAUAAAUAAAUAUAUAAAUAACUGAGAAUACAAUAUAAAAUAAGGAUGGUCUUGGAAGCAAUAAAGUUUUGUCUUUUUAUAUAUUUAUUACAUAAAAAUAUAAACAUAGACAAACUGUGCUAUAAAUUAUUGUAAUGGAUUUUAUAUAAGAUUAAACUAAAUGCUUGCAAUAUCUUAAUAGAUAAACAUACCCUCCUGAACAUGUGAUUAUGUCAGCCUCUCUGUCAUUACAAGAUGGAGCGUCUGUCUCCAAAUCUCUCAUCUUUGUAACUAACAUUUAAAAGGUACACGUAUUUAUAUCUUAGAUGUUCAUUUUAAGACCUCCCUUAACUUGGCAAAGAUACAAGGUCAUAACUAAAAUGUAAGUGCACACGUCAUGGUAAAUUCCCAGAUUUGGGGAAUUUUCACUAACUUUGAACAAGAUGGCUUCCUAAAGUCUGAACAUCUUAUUCCCUAAAUAUGGGUAAGAGGUCAUCUAUUAAAGAAACAUUGUAUGAAAAACAAUAUGUUCCAUUCUAACACCUUGUCAGUUUGCAAUAUCUCUUAUAGACAACGUACACAGUUUAAGAAAUACAACAUUUCAACACGGGUGGCUCUGAUCGGCCCGGAUGAUAUUUGCAUAUUUGUAUUACAAUGAAUUCACAAGACCUAGCCUGUAUGCCAUGUAUAACCAAAGUACACUAGUCUGUUUGUAUAACUACUGUUAUAUAUAUAUAUAUGCACAACAUGUGUUGUCAAUAGCCUGGUUUAAGCACUGUCUAAGCCUAAUCACAGUUUAAUAUUCUUACGUUAUAAUAGACCUGCAAGCAUCCACUUAGGGGUUUACUACCCUCACUAGGUGUAUCAAAGCACAGAAAUUGCAAAUGACACAGUAUCCACAUAUGCCCAGCACUAACGUUCACUACUUAAACAGCUACAAUCCUAUCUUGACUAGCACAUAACAUAACUUAUGUCACCUAAGAAGUUUAUAAAAUCAGCUACUAAAAAAUUGUGCAGAUUUAACAAACGCCAUUUCACUGUACUGUCUUGUAACAAACAUUGCCUGCUCAUGCUGUUGUGGUAUUGCAGAUCAGCCUGUAUUCUUUGCUUGCACUACAAAAAUAAAGAAUGUAAAAAUAAAAAGAAAUACAUUUCAUUCUAAAACUUGUAAUAUUUGCAUUUGCCCAUAACACUACUCUUUUAACUAUUUUACUCACCAGCUAGAUGCUGCACAGCUGGUUCUUGCAUAUCUGCAACACCAAGUCUGGGGACAGCCUCUGAAAGGAACCCGUCUUUGAGCAGAGUCCCACAGCAGACUGCGACAACAUCUUCCUUUUCACCGCCGGAAAAGGCUAGAAGGGAAAGAGAAUGUUGGGAUAAAUGGAGAACAUGUAUUGAUUAUGUAAAUUGAGAGAGUUGGGUUGGGAAGUUGAACAUGAAUUGGAGGCUGCAAAGAGAAAAUAGACAAAUGUUUGGAUGAAAGAGGUAGAAAAAUAGGGUUUGCUGCUAAAUUCGAUGCUUUGGAGUUUGAUGAAAAGCGCACAAGGUUCUUUUUUUAAAAGAUGUUUGUAUGUAAUAAAGGAAUAGAAGGGGUUUUACAGAAAGAUGGGGUUAUUGUACGUGAGAAAAAGUUGAUGUUGAAUUAUGUUUUUGCAUUUUAUGAAGAAUAGAACAAAGUAAAAAAGAGAUAUGUGAGUUUGAAAGAAGUAUUUGUAAAUAUUGAAAAAGGAAUUUGGGAAGAUGAUGUAUGUUUAGUAAAUGUUUUGAUAAGAAUUAAUUAAAAAAAUACUAUUAUCUAUUUACUAUUAUUUAAAUUGAAUAAACCGCCUGGGUGUGAUGGAUUGCAUGUUAAAUUUUAUCGAAUGUGUUGGGAAGUGAUUGCAGAUGAUUUUAUAGAAGUAUGUAAAUCUGUUUUAAAUGAAGGUAGAAAGUCAAAAUCAAUGAGAAAAGGAGUGGUUGUUUUAAUUUUUUUUAAAAGGGGGAUGAAUGUGAUUUGAGAAAUUGGAGACCAAUGACUGUUGAAUGUAGAUUAUAAAAUCAUUGCAACCUUUAUUGCAAAUAUAAUUAAGACUGUGAUUGAGAGUAUGGUAGGUGAGGAACACAUUUGUGCUGUUCCUGGGAGACUGGUUAAUGAGUGUUUGAUAGGUUUGAGAGAUGUUAUGUGGUUUUGUAAGGAAAGAAAGCAAGAAGUGGCUGUUGUAACAAAAGAAAAUUUUGAGAAAGCGUAUGAUAGAGUGGCACAUGAUUUUAGGUUUCAAGUUUUGGAGAGAAUGGGAAUCCCAACUAAAUUGCUAAAUAUGAUUAGAUGUCUGUAUACAAAUGUUGAGAGUGUAGUGCAGAUGAAUGGCUGGUUGACUGAAAGUUUUAACAUUUGUUCCAGCGUGAGACAGGGGUGUCCCCUGUCAUGGCAAGGGUACAUAAUUCAUUGUUGCACUAUAGAAUAUUGCUAUUUAAUAUAACUUCUGUAGUGCAUCAAUAAUUUGACCCCUGGUAGAGGACAAAUGGCAGAGAGAAAUAGCUCUUUUGAUCAAAAGGGGCUUCUGCAAGAUGUGAAAAUGAUUGCCCUUUUGAUCUAUCAAAGGCCCUGCAAGGUGAGACAUUUUACACUUGAGCUGCCUGUAUGUCUAGUUUCAAUAUAAACUAACUGACUUUGACCAUAUGGCCUGGCACUCUCAAUUGACAGUUCAAUCCUUUGAUAUGGUAAUGGUAUUAGUUUCAUGAAGAACCUUGUGUUCCAGUAUCAUAUCCAAGAGAAACAUUAAUACGUACCCACAGAAUAAUAAUUAAGCCUCAUUUUGUUAUAUGUGGAAUGUGACAAGCACCAUCGUCUAAACAAGCCCAAACAUGAGUGGCCUAACUUGACCAUAGGGGAAGGAAUUGUGACGUCCGUCUUAUUGGAUUGCAAGGCCGGCAUGCGACAUAUAUCUAGAAUGGGAAAAUAAUAACAAAUUCAUAAAUGCAAUUAUUAUUUCUGUGGCGCAUACAUAAGAGAAGAUAGAGUCAAAUGUUUCCAUUUGGAUUGAUGUGGAUCUGUACACAAGGGGGUGGUCACUUAGGGUCUCUAUAGAUAUGCCUUAUCUCCACCUCUGGGUGAGGCAUGGUAAUCCACAGGGUAUAUCUCUAAAGAAACUGUGUACUUGCUUGGGCAAGAUCUAAUAUUGAGUGAGUCACUGUCACGCUUCGUUGUGGUGGCUUUUCCAAAUGCUAAGGGGAAUGCCACCGGUCUCUUACCUGUCUGGCCGUCAUCUGCCGGGUCCACUCAUACUAGGGAGUGGUCUGAAACAGCGGGCACAUCUCGGUCCGGCGGCAUUCCCACAUGAUUAUGGGAAUGCCGCCCAUCACUCAUCCCUGAUGAUGGCUCCUCCUCCUCUCACAGCGGCCGGGUCUGUAAACAUUAGAGACGCCGGCUGCUGCAGCUUUGUUAAACCUAAGGGUUUUUCAGUUAACCCUUAAAAUGCCAUUUCAUGAUUGAUCUGUGGGUGUGUUACACACACACGCCCACAACCACAUGCUUCCCUGCAGCCAAUCAGGGAGUGACUCAGACUAUUUAAACCUGUUUUAUCCAUUUCUCUGUGCCCUGUCGUGGUUUUCAUUGUGGUUGUCCAAGAGUGCGUUCCUGGUAUUGAUUCUAGUGUUUUGACCUUGGCUUCCCUUUCACCUAUCUCUGUAUUUCUUGACCUUUGGCUUGGCUCCUGACUAUUCUGAAUUCUCCAUUCCUUGACUCGUGGCUUCUUCAUUGUUUCCGUUUUUUCUACGUCUUGUCUUUAUCCUGUCUUGUGUUUUUUUUCCUCUAUACAUUAAAUCCAGCCAUUCUAAGGCCUGGUAAUAUGUCUUAAGUAGAUAUUAAGAAAAAUCCUAAGUUCUGUCUGUUGGGCAUCAGCUAUUCCUGACAGUCACUGUGGCGAAACUGACCUCGCCACUGGGCAUUGGAGAAGACUGAUUGCCAGCCUCCUGCCAUGUGACUAUGGCCUCUGGGAUGUAUUGCCCUUUAAAGACAUAAUUUGGGCAUAAUGGAUUUGUGUUGUGCUGCUGCUGGCCCUUUAAGAACCAUCUGGGGACAUACUGUGGAGUCACUGGGUGGCCACCAUUUCCUGUAUCAGAAGCACAUGGUGAGAACAAUGGAUGGUGGCCAUUUUAACUCACAGACACUGUUUGGACUUUUCAACACGGUGCCAUCUCGCCAGUAUUUGGUGCACAGAGACAUCCUUCAGUGGUUUAGGACUAUACAGCAGGGGACACAUUAUACAGUGAUUGUUUUUCAGUUAGCCUGUAUAUGUUCUGUGGAAUCUGCAUUAAACUGUAUUUUGGAUAUGUGGUUCACCCAGAUCCCCUGGUUCCAAGGAUAUACUUUUUAUGGGGUUAUUGCGUGUUUUGGGGUCCCUGUGAUGUGUUUUAUGAAACUGUAUUCCUCUGUCUGUGAUAAUUAGAUUACCCAUUGUGUAAGGUAAUUGUAUCACAGGCAGAGGGGAGGAUUUUGUGUGGGAGUGUCUGUGUGUAUUGUACAGAUUGAUUGGUUGUUUUGUAAAACCCUGUGGGCAGUACUAAGUUUGUGGAUUGGGAAUAAAAGAGGCUGUAUGUGCCAGUACAGUCAGUUCCUGCUUAACCCUCAAAGUGAAGUGUCGUCUCAUUAUUGGGGGAGGAUUUAUUGUAUGCUGUUCCAGUUUGACUGCUAGGAGUGUAAACCUAUUUGCAUGGUUUUUCCUAUUCGGCUGUAUACAACAUUCAUAUGCUUGAGAGCAUUCAUAUGCUCCUACGGUUCGGUGGUUUUGGUGUCUGCUGCAGUGCUUGGAGUCCUCAGGAAGUGCUAGGAGCAUCCUUUAACGGAGGUACCCAGUAUGGUGCCAGGUGAUCCGUUACAGUCACCAUCAUCCUUUCUUGCCAAAGACCCCCUGGGGAGAAGUUUUACUUUGAAAACCUAAUUGAGUAAGGACUUCUGAUAUUUUAUCCUUUUUGUUUUUAUCUGUUGUUGGUGUAAAUAAUUUGUUUAUCAUAUAUUUUUGCAUGCACUGUGACUAUUUGACUAUUUUUUUCUCAUAAUAAAUAUUAAUUUAUUAAGUUCUGCCUUUCUCUGGUUAAGAAUCACGUACCUGAAGAGACUAAUCAGUAUUUUGCAAUUACAUAGAUAUUGUGCUAAGUAAUAUUUGGUGGGUUUUUAUUAUUGAUUUACCUGUGGGACAAAGUCACCCCAUUUAUAAAUUGUCUUGGUGGUGGCCUUGAAUAGUAAAAGUUAUAUUAUUAUGUUUAAGUGUUGGUGGGUGUUACAAACUGUUAUUUGUAACUGGCCCUUUAAAUGACAAAUUGCCCUGCUUCCCUGGGUUGUGGAGAAGUCUAUUUGCCAGCCUCCUUCCACAUGACUAUGGCCCCUGGGAGAUUGUGAAAACUUAUGGACUUUUAUUUGGUGUGUAAGGCCCUUUAAGACAGUCAGUGGGCAUAUUGGGGCGUAUGGACUCUUUAUGGGACUGGUGCUGGCCCUUUAAGCACCUUUUUGGGGCACUGGGAAGAUUGGGACACUGCCCCUUUAAGACAGUGUCCCCAGGAUUGUUUGGGACACUGCCCCUUUAAGACGGUGUCCCCAGUGUCCCCAGACCGGGUUAAAACCCUUUGUGCCUAGCUAUUUCCCACUGAGUUCAGUAAAUGGGGCUUAGUGAACCAAGUACCACACAGGCGGACCACCUGUAUUGGGAGUGUGUCGGCAAUUUACCUCCCAGAAGCUGUGGUUAACCGCAGCUUAAUUGACAAUGCUCGGCGGCCAUCUUUGAUCAUUCGCAUGAGGUCAGCGGUAUGUGUAGCCAAAUUCAUGGAACUAAAAUCGGCUACACAUUUCCGCGAACACCUCUGAGCCCUACCUUCUCCCACAAUGAUUUUGCAGCCGCAGAGACUAAGUCCCAUUCGGCAAUGGGACUUAGUCGUUUUUUCAGCCUGAAAUAGACCGACCGCACAGUCCAAAUCUAAAGGGACCUCCAGCUAACUUUUUAACCCCUGGAUGCAUUUGGCUGAUUUUUGAUUAUGUAUAUAUUUGAAGGUUGCUGAUUCUAAAUAUUGGAUGUGUGGUUUUAAAGUUACAGGAUAUGUAUAAAAACUGUAUUUUUACUGCCUGUGUUAAUUAUGUUAAACCAUUGCGUAACAUAAUUAUAUCACAGGCAGAGGGGAGGAUUUUUGUAUGUAAUUGCUGGGAGUGUUUCUGUAAUAUACGUGUAUGAUUGGUUGUUUUGUAAAACCCUAUGGGUGGUCCUAUCUAAGGGAAACCUGCAUAAAAGAAGGUUCUUUUGGUGUCAAUAAACAGAAUGACUUAACCCUCUAACUUGCAGUCUUGACUCAUGUUUGUAGGGGACAGCUAUAAUCACUACAGGGAUUGCUAUUCUCUUCAUACUCCUUUAGCUACUGAGCUCUUGUAAGAGCUCUUGUUCCUGAGCCUGCUUCGCUCUACAGAAGGAAGAGGUUCACCUACUGGAACCUGGAGCCUGGUCGUAGGUCCAGGGGGGAUAGCAGACCUAGCCCAGCAGCGGCGGUUUCUGGAGUCUGCCGUACUUAUGGAGUCUACGGUGCUGAUGGUCCUUUGGUGAGCGCUAGGAGCAUCCUUUCUACGGUCCAACCUCCAGCCAGCCUGGAGGCAACCGUAACAGUGGGGUUAAGGGGGAUUUUGUCAUUAUUUCAGGUCUAGUGCAGACAAAUAAUGAACUUGAACCCUUUCACCACCACAACUAUGAUACGCACACUCUUGGAGUGUGCCUGAUGAACAAAAUUAAAUGGCCUUCAUGCAGGGAUGUGUGGUGACUUGGGGCUAAGGAAGAGAGAUAAAACAGUUACUUAAAAGGCAUUUACAGCUGGGAGUGGCAAGCAGGGGGAGAGGGAGGUCAGGGGGAAUGGAGCAGGCUAUCCAUUUGCUAUAAAUAAGUAUUUGGCAACCACAAUUCUAUCAACCAACUACAUGUAACAUCAAGUACAACAUUUUACAGUUGUAAACAAUAUGUAACAAUGGUAGUAUCAUCAUAGUAAAGUAAUAAUCUAGUAACAAAAUGAAAGAAAUAUGGUUGAAUAUCUUCUCCAUCUCAGUCCGUACCUUACAGCUGCAGUAAUCAAAAUGAUAGGUAAAAGAACGUUGUUGUAUCUAAUACCAGUGAUAAUGAAACAAUGUGUAAUAAUUCUUGUUGCAAAUGUCAAUAGUUAUAAGUGUGUCAAUUAAAGAGUUCCAAAGACAUACACGGUCUACUGAUGAGACAUGAAUAUUAAUUAACACAGAUCUGGUUAUUACUUAGUACACUAGUCUUAGUGAGAUAAACUAGUCCGUGUAAGCAUAAUGCAGAUUAUUGCUUAUUAUGAAGCCUCACAGUAGCUAGUAUGUUGAAAGUAUCCAUUGACACAGAGAUAGUUAAAUGUGGGGGGUAAAAGGUCCUGUUUAGAAGUUUUCAGCGACCUCUACCUAUUAGUGUGUGCAAAAAACAAUUUUGCAAUCCACAGUAACUAUGUAGAAAUAAUCUAGGUUACACUCAAUAUAAAAAUUGAAGAUAAAUGCAAAAUCGGAUGAUAGAUAUUAACUGUGGGAUACGCCCCAAAAUUAAAUUGAGUAAUACAGAAUAAUACAGAAUUAAAAGAAUAAUACAGAAAUUGUCAAUUAUCCACAUACACAGUGCUUCUUGUGAUCAAUGAAACACCCAUAUGUGUGUGUAAACAGUGCAGGAGAAAAUAUAGCUGCACGAGGUGCAUCAACCUAGCUACUUAUAACGGCAAGGGUGUUGCCGAAGCACCUACAUCUGCUGAUGCAUGGUACAACACUGCUAAUAAGUGGGGAGCGGAUGAGCUUAAAGGUCUAAGCUUACGAUUAGAGUUGAAUGAACCCGAACUGAAAAGUUCGGGCUCGUAUCGAACAUUAGGUUUUUUGGACACCGGACCCGAACACGGACAUAUCACUGUAUGUUCAGGUUGGAGUUCGGCGAUUUAAUGAUGCGUUUUGAAAGGCUGCAGGGCAGCCAAUCAACAAGCGUUUGACUCGUAUGCCCUUAGAAGCCAUCACAGCCAUGCCUACUAAUGGCAUGGCUGUGAUUGGCCAGUGCAGCAUGUGACCCAGCUAGUAGGGGCAUGUCUAUAAAACAGUGAGCAGCCUGUGGCUGCUCACUGUUAAAAAUAAAAUAAAAAAUCCCCCCUCCUGAGCACCCACCUGCGGUGGGUGAGGGCCAUAAAUACAAAUUGGGGAAGGGACCUAAGGUACUCCCGGCCCCAACGCCUGAGCGGUGGGAGGGGGACAUAAAUAAGAAUUUGGUGGGGACCUACUGUCCUCCCCCCAGUGCUGCAGGUGGGGGCCCUAAAUAACAAUAAGGGAGGGAGACCUACUAUCCUCCCCCCCAGCACCCACCCCUGAACAGUGGGUGGGGGCCAUAAAUAAAAAUUGGGUGGGUCGACAUAAUGUCCUCCCCCAUGGCCCCCACCCCUGAGUGGCGGGCGGGGGCCCUAAAUAAAAAUUUACCCCCCCAGGUGUCUAGGGGUCCUCAAACCAGUCACACCCCUCCCCCCCCAAAAAAAAAAAAUUACCCCUACCUACCUCCCUCAUCCUAAAAAUAUUAUCUAAAUACCUAUAAAAAAAAAUAAAAAAAAAUAAAAUAUAUAUAUAUAUUUAUUUUUAUUUUUUUUAAAGUGCUUCGGUUAUUAUAGAUUUUUAUUUGGCCUUUUUUGGGGCUGAAAAAAAGAAGAGUUUAGAAGAAAGAAAACAUCAGAUGGUAAGUUUUAUUUAUUUGUUUUACAGGUAUUUAGAUAAGGGUCCCCCCUCAUUAUUUUUAGGAUGAGGGGGGAAGGUAGGGGUAAUUUUUUUUGUGGAGGCUGGUGAUUAAGGAUUUGGGGAUCCUAGUCACCUGGGGGGGGGGGUACAUUUUUAUUUAGGGCCCCCAUCCGCCGCUCAGGGGUGGUGGCCGCGGGGGGGAACAUUAGGUCCACCCCCUUAUUGUUAUUUAGGGCCCCCACCCACUGCGCAGCGGUGGGGGAUGGGGGGAGGACAGUAGGACUCCCCCAAAUUCUUAUUUAUGGCCCCCACCCAUCGCUCAGGGAUGGGGGCUGGGGGGGAAGACAGUAGGUCCCCCCCUUAUUGUUAUUUAGGGCCCCCACCCACCUCGCAGGGGUGGGGGCGAGGACAGUAGGUCCCUCCCAAAUUCUUAUUUAUGGCCCCCACCCACCACUCAGGGGUGGGGGCAGGACAGUAGGCCCCCCGAAAUUCUUAUUUAUGGCCCCCACCCACUGCUCAGGGGUGGGGGCAGGACAGUAGGCCCCCCGAAAUUCUUAUUUAUGGCCCCCACCCACCGCUCAGGGGUGGGGGCCUGAAGGGGAGGACAUUAGGUCCCCCCUUAUUGUCAUUUAGGGCCCCCACCUGCUGCGCAGGAGUGGGGGCUGGGGGGGAGGACAUCAGGUCCCCUCCUUAUUGUUAUUUAGUACACCCACCCACCUCGCAGGGGUGGGGGCUGGUGAGGAGGACAGUAGGCCCCCCCAAAUUCUUAUUUAUGGCCCCUACCCACCGCUCAGGGAUGGGGCUGGUGGGGGGAGGACAGUAGGCCCCCCAAAUUCUUAUUUAUGCCCCCCAGCCACUGCUCAGGGGUGGGGGCCGGGGGGGAGGACAGUAAGCCCCCCCUUAUCGUUAAUUAGGGCCCCCACCCGCCACUCAGGGGUGGGGGCUGGGCGGGAGGACCGUAGGCCCCCACCCAUCGCACAGGCUGCUCACAGUUUACUAGACACACCCCUACUCACGGUAUAGAGAGUAGGGGCUGAAUUUACUAAUACUAAUUAAUCUUUACUUAGUAUUAGUAAAUGUGGCCUUUUGGUAGAUAGCUCCCUAAUACCGAGUUAUAAGAAGUUAUCUACUAAGCGGCUGGUUAUUUUAAGUUAUUUUAAGUGAUUUCCAUAUCCACAUUUGUUUGCAGGGCACUUGUCCUACUUUUACCCCCAUUUUACUUCCUUUUGCAGCCCUCUAGCCCUUUCCAGGAGUUUUUUAGAGCCAUUUUUGUGCCCAAAAGUUCGGGUCCCCAUUGUCUUCAAUGGGGUUCGGGGUCAAGUUCAAGCCCGAACCCGGACUUUUUUUCAAAGUUCGGCCGAACCCGCCAGACCCGAACAUCCAGGUGUCCGCUCAACUCUACUUACGAUCAAUAGGUAUAGUGGAUCGCUAUGAGAUUGUUCUAUCUCGUAACAAAACCUAAUACAGUAUUGCUUAUACAGACAACCCAGACCUCCCAAGAGAUAGCGGUAGUACAGCCUGGGAUCCAGGAAAUAAAGUAAACACUAGUCUAAUGGUAACUAAAAUUAAACUGUCUCAGAAUCACCAAAGACCCCUAUCAGGGUAACAUUCCAUUUGCUGAUUGUCUCAAUCAAUUGUAUAUGAAGUAACAUAUUCCAUAUGCUAACCCGGUUGAUUGAAAGUGUCAUAAACUAACAAUCCCAUCACUCUAAAGAGUUUGAAAUUUCAAUUCUGUACUAUGCCAUAUCUUGUUAAGUAUUAUUGAAAAACUAUUCACAUGUAUAUUUACACUUAUUGACUAAAAUAAUGUUUAAAAUAAUAAAUUUGAACAAUGUACGCCAGGUUUGAAGAGUUAAAAUAGUGAGUAACUCUUUGCUUUAAAUAAUAAAUGGGAAUAGCGCCAAUAAAAUAUCAAUCCCUGAUAUUUUAAUUGUGACAGACCCAUCCAUAUAGACUAAAAUUGCUGUGUUCGUCUGUUUUGCCGUUUUGCAUGAAUUUCCCCCAUUCGUAUGCCUUGAUUAAGGGAAUGUAUUUUUUUGUCGAACGGAACUACCGAACGGACGGCCACACAGAAGAGAAGUGUGCUGCUGGUUAACCUAUUGAUCCCAAUUAGAACAUUGCGGUUAACCACAGACACUUCUCAAUUAAAACCGAAUACAGGGUGGUCGUCGUUUGUAUGUCGACCACGAGGCGGCGGCCAUUUUAACUAUGCGAAAGCCCAGCGGUGUUCGACGAUUAUUUCAUGGAACUCAAAACGGACACUUUUUCAACUGAACACCGCUGAAGCCGUCGACCUCCCCCUCCCAAUCGACAAAAGCAUACAAAUGCCGGCUGUCCGGGAGAGUUAACAACACGAAUGGACUUAACCCAGAUAGCCUUCCCAUGGAGUCAAUCGCAUACCGAAGAACUGUAAUAGACUUUGACUUCAUGGCGAUUGAACUAUGUGUGUGGGAUCUGAGCACUAUUCGCCAAUAAUAUGCACUCAGAUCCAGGCUAUCUGGGGAUAUGUUAUACGAAUGCAAUACGUUCGGCAGUCAUAAAGUUAUGGAUUUUAAUGUGUUUUAUAACUUUGAGUUAAAAUGGCGAUUUGCCUCUGCUCUGGGAGAUAAUUGAAUUACUUCCCAAUUAUCUCCCGAGCAGAGGGGAGGGAACUGUGAUGCAUGCUGGGAAUAUUGUGGGGAUGUAUGUCCAAAAUGUCCCCAUGUCCUUCUGUUAUUCCAGUCUCCCAUUUGGUCCCCUAGGGGAGUGUCCACCAAGUGGGAGACCUGCAUAAAUACGGGCAGGUAGCCCACAGUAAACUCAGUUCGUGUUUUACCCUCAAAGCGGAGCUUGGUCUCGUUAUUGGGGGGAUUUUAUUACCGGCGACUAGAGACUGCUUAUUGGGAUUAUUUGCCGCUUGGAAACUAUUGCCGUUCGGCUGCUAGUGGCGAUUCGUGCAUUUGGAGCUCGUGAAGGGAAGGAGCCGUACAGGUACCGUUCGGGAGUUUGGAGUGUUCCCUAGCUGGCGGUUCGCAUGGUUAUACUGCAUACACUACCAGACCACAUUUAUUACUGGAGGUACCGUAACAUUAAUAAAGAUUAAUAAUAAUUAUGAAAAUAAUAAUAAUUAAUCCCCAUAAAUAUCCUCACAGUAGACAUGAAGCUGGUGGCGGGCGUAUUAUUGUAAAUAUAUUUAAUUAUAUAUAUUUCAGUGGAAGAGUAAUGGGAGAAAAAGGAAAAUAAAAAAAAUGUAGCAUUAAAAAAAAUGGUGUGUACAGUUAAAUAGUGGUUAAUGGGGUUUGUAAUUUGUAUGUGUUUAUGUAAACUGAUUUAAAUUUAGAAAAAAUGGUGCUUAGUUACAUAAAAUUAAUGUAUAUAGGUUUGUUUUUUAUUUAGUGUUAAAAGGAAGAAAUUUGGUGGGUAUUGGCGAUGUUGGAUAGUGUGAAAUGUUUGCACAUAUUGUGUGUAUAUUAUGGUUUGUUUGUUUUUUACAUAAAUUGGGGGGUAAUUGUGUAUGGAUGGAUUGAUGGAUGUGCUUUAGGAUUUAUGGUUACUUUUUUGCAGGGAGAUUUUGGUGGAUGGUUUGCUGUGGUUUUGGAAAGGAUGGUGGGGUUUGAUGUGAUGAUUAUUGUGGUGCUGUACUUAUUAAUUUAAUUGAAAAAGAAUGAGGAUGUUACCUGAGAGAUUCCUUGAAUUUCAUCUGGAGGAAAUGCUCUGUGACUGAGUGGUUCAAUAAAAAAUAAAAAAAUCUGAUCUUACCAGUGUAAUAUUGUAACGGAUCGCCUGUCACCCAGACUGGGUACCUCCAUUUGAAGGAUGCUCCUAGUGCUUCCCGAGGGCUCCAAGCACUCCACUUGACACCAUAAGCACUGCAGACCCCAUGAACGGCCGCAGCUUGUUUGGGGUCUCGCCGUCUCCUAACCACCCUGGACCUACGACAAGGCUCCAGGUUCCAGUGGGUGAAUCUCUCCUCCAAGAGAGUGAAGCAGGAACAAGCUCUUAAAAGAGCUUAGAAGUGAUUAGCUAAGGGAGUAUGGAGCAUAGCAGUCCCAUGUGGUGAUAUAGCAAUUCCCCCAAUAAGAGACAGGACUCUAGAUUGAGGGUGAAGAAGAACUCUGGUUUAAUGACACACACUCUGCUUUUAUGCAAUUCUCCCAUGCAAGGGAGACGCCCGCAGACAAUUAUACAUUAGCCAAUCAAACAAUGGUUACAUCCCACACAUCUCCUCCCCUUAGCCUGAGAGGUAACCCAAUUAUCCAUACAGUUUAAAACAUACUUUUUACCCAACUUUCAUAACUCUAAAACUAUACAUCCAAUAUUAAUAAAUAUACAAACAUACCCAAAAAUCAUUUGAAGCCGUUCGGGAGAUAGAUAUAAGUCACUUUUGACCGACCGCAAGCACAUUUUCAUGCCCAAAACAGUUCCAUGGAUUUGGGCUGUGCGGUCGGUCUAUUUUACACCGAGAAAAUGACUAAGUCCCAUUCGAACGAGCGUUUGAAUCUUCAAACGGGACUUAGUCUCCAGCCGCAAUGUUGAAGUAGAGUAGAAGGUACGGGUCAGUGGUGUUCGUGCAAUUGGGUAGCCGGAAACAGUUCCAUAGAUUUGGCUGCACACACUGCUGACCGCGUUCGAAUGAGUUAAAAUGGCCGCCGCCAUGUGUUCGGCAUUCGAAUAGCGGCCUCUUCGACGACUUCGGCACUUCGACAUCCGAAGUGCCAGUUUAAAAGUACAAAUCCUUUCUCUGGGAAUUAAAGGGCCAGGAACAGCAAUAUAAGAAUCAAGUAUGCCCACAUCAGUUCCUAGAAGGGCAAUACAUCCCAGGGCCAUAGUCGCAGGGCAGGAGGCUGGCAAACAGGCCCCUCCAAAAACCAGUGGCGAGGUUACUUUCGCCACAAUAUCAAUCUCUUGUAGCAGAUUCCCCCAAUAAGAGACAGGACUCUAGAUUGAGGAUGAAGUAGAACUGAAGGUUUAAUGGUACAGCUGCUCUUUUAUACAGUUUUUCCCCACAAGGUUACUGCCCAGGUGGACCUUGUGGGGCACAGGACAUGAAAUUCACAAUCCAAUAAAAACAGAGUUUUACACUCGAACACUCCCAGUUACUGUACACAAACCCUCCCCUCUGCCUGUGAUACAAUUAACAAAGACAAUGGACUAACUCCAUUAAUGCUAAGCAGAAAAAAAACAUACAUUUUUACAAACCCCAAAAAGUAACUUAAAAUACAACAUAUCCUCACAAAGCCUCCCAUCCCCUGAUAGCUCCAAUCUGGGUGAACAACAUAUCAAAAAUCACCCAGAUCGGUUCAGGAAUUUCUUGGAAGUCUUAUUUUUGCCCCACCGUGCACAUGGUCCCAUACCCAAAACAGUUCCAUACACUCGACGACAAAACACUGCUGGACAAUUUAAGAUGGCCGCCGCCGCCACCACCACAUGUUUGAAUCUGUUCCAGUUAAAAGUCCAAGGGGCAGAAACAGUACUUUUGAACAUGGGUUAUCACAGAGCCCAUAGUCCCAGGGUAGGAGGCUGGCAAGCAGGCCCCUAAUACAACUCAUGGCAAGCUCCCUUAAAAAGGGGAGUUUGUCACAAAUAUCAGAUACGCCCCCUAUCUGGGGACCAUAUAGUAAAUGGAUUUUUGGAACAGGGAGAUAGAAGAAGAGCUUUCUCUGUCCACUCCACGCAUUGACCUGGUAUUGCAGUAGCUUCAGGACCGGUGCACCUCUCUUAUGCUGGUUAAAAAAUAGAUUGAAAAAAAAAAUUCCAAAGAAAAGCAAGCCACUAGACUCUCACUUGGUGGGAAAGAAAUGCAGGUAACCUGAAAACAAAGGCAGGCUUGUUUUUGCAAUUCCAGCACUAACGUUUUGGAGGGAAGUGUGAGCAACAGCUAAGUAACCAAUUGAAGGUUUGAUUAAUUGAAUGAUUGAGUGAAUGAGCAACCUGCAGGUGCUUGAUUGCUUACUCUACCUACUUCCAGCUGAACAGGAACAGACCAUGUGAUCCAGCAGCCUUGUUAGGCACAUCAUCAGCAGUAGCACCUGGAGAGGGAGGUGACAGGUAUGUCUUGAGGGGAGCAUAUUGAGGAAUGGACAAGGUUAAGAAGAGGAGCUGUAACCAAAGGCUUAGAGCUUGUGUGCUGUGACGCUGUUGCGAUCCCUAGCCAGCUGACACCUAGAUGAGGAAGAGGUGGUCCUGUACCCGAGGCUCACAGCAAGCUUAAGAAGCCCAGGCAAAUGGCAGGUGAGUAGCUGGGUGCCCAUUCCGGUUAUCGCUUCUCUUCCUUUUGGCUUAGAUCAGUGAAAGCUGGUCUUGUCAGGAGGUUCUGGUGGGUCAGCAAUGCUAGCCCCUCGGCCUUCCAGACUGUGUUCUUAGUGGGGAUGCAGUCUGGAUGCUGCUAUUGGGGGCGAUCCGCACUGACACCAGAAACGGGGAGUGGUCCAGAAUAGAGUGUAGCGCACCUUCAUUCCCAAAGACAGUACAGCUGUAUUUGACAGAAGAAAGAAGGGGAUUUGUUGGCUUGCCGAGGAUUCAGGGGGAGAUCCCGAAAGGUUUGCUGUGUGUUCCAAAGGACUGGUUAUUCUGUGUCCAGGACUUCCUUGCUCAUGGUAUCUAUGAUACCAACUUUGCAAGCCCAUUCUUUCAGUGAGCAAGCCUGAUCGUCUGCAAAGGUAGCCUUCUGGAAGACAACACUAAGUCUCUAUCCUGCACACCUUCAUUUAUUUUUAACUUAACCACCCUGUACAUUUAUUUUAUUUAAUAUAUCCUAUGUACAUUGUAUAUUUUCUUGUAUUUAUAUCUUGUCUGUUAUGCUAAAGUGUAGUUUUGCUAGCCCUGUUUGUAAUUGUUUUAUUCACCUAUAUGCAUUCCUCUAUUCCCCCUCUGAUUUGUGACUGACCUGACCCCUCCCUUUUCUUAUUGAUAUGUUUGUUUUUAUUUGAAUAUCCAUCUCUUCAUCUCUGUACCUAGAUACACUUCCCCCUCCCUUACCUUUUAUUGCAAGCUCUCUGACCCUCACAUCUCUUUAUUCAACAGCCUGAUUCCCCAACUUUGCAAGCCCAUUCCUUCAGUGAGCAAGCCUGAUGCCCACCCUCCCCACACCAUGCUCAUUACUACAUUUAUAGAUUGUCUGUCACACCUACAUUUUAGUUAGGUUAAAAAAACCUGCCUCUUAUUAGUACACUCCUGCACUUUCUUAACCCAUAAAACACAUUCACUUGCUCUUGAUAUUCCAAUUAUCUCCAAUGUUUAUUUUUCACAGUUUAGCAAUGAUCUGUUUUCUCCUCCUCUUUAUUUCCUCAGUCUCCCUCAGUAUAAAAAUCUCUCCUUACACCCACUUCACUCAUCCCCCCCAUCCACAUUUACAUAUGCCCUUCUCUGCUACAUUCCCCCUUCUCUCAUCUCAUGCCUUAGACUCAUUUUUCUACUCUCUCACUCCAACCCACAAUCGAUCUCAUCCUAGACCCCAUGCACACAAAACCCAUUCACACCUCCUGUCACUUUCUCUCCUCCUACUUCUAGUAGCUGGUGAUGUCUCUCCCAAUCCAGGGCCCUUCACCUUUUCUACACACACACUAAGACAACCAGAAACCCCACAAACCUCAUCACAAUACCCUGCCCUUUACCCUCACUUAUCAAAAUUAAUUGUGCACUCUGGAAUGCCCGCUCCAUCUGCAGUAAUUUAAAAUCAACAACCAUACACUACUUUUUCAUCUCAAACUCAUUCACACUGCUUGCACUUACAGAGACCUGGCUGUCCCCCUCUGACAGCACUACUCCUUCUUCUUUAUGUUUUGGUGGGCUACAAUUCUCUCACACUCCCAGACUCAACUGUAAAGGAGGCGGCGUAGGCAUCCUUCUCUAUCCUCAAUGUACCUUUCAACCAAUCAGAACUCCCCCUGCCCUAUCCUUUUCUUCUUUUGAAGUUCGCACUGUCCACCUAUUUAAACCCUCUCCUUUAAGAAUUGCUAUCAUCUACCGCCCCCCUGGUUAGCCUAGACUAUUCAUUGAGCACUUUUCUUCCUGGCUUCCUCACUUCCUCUCAUCUAGCACUCCUUCCCUUAUACUUGGGAAUUUCAAUAACCCCAAUUGCACUGAUGCCUCUCGUCUGCUCUCUGUAACCUCCUCCUUUGGCCUUCCGCAAUGGUCCAAUUUAGCAACCCAUACAGCAGGAAACACUCUUGAUCUUGCCUUCACCAACCUUUGUACUGCCUCUAAUCUCUCCAAUAUUCAUUUUCCUCUAUCUGACCACCAUCUGCUGACUUUUGACAUUGGUAUACCUAGGACGCAAUUUACACCACCGUCUGAACAUCACUCUCACAGAAACCUCCAAUGUUUUGACCUAGAGCAUUUCUACACUAAUCUCCAAACUCUCCUUUUACCUAUCUCAAACAUCACCUGUCCUAGUUCUGUUAUGGGCAAAUGCAAAUAUUACAAGUUUUAGAAUGAAAUGUUGUAUUUCUUAAACUGUGUACUUUGUUUAAGAGAUAUUGCAAACUGACAAGGUGUUAGAAAUAGAACAUAUUGUUUUUCAUAACUGUAUCUUUAAGCAAUAACCUCAGUGCAUAAUAUGUUUGCGCCAUUUUGUCCAAGACGAAUUACAAUAAUGCAUAAACAUGCUUCAAGGCUAUACUACGACUCUUGCAGUACACAAUAUACUGUGGUAACCCCAAGUUAAUGGAACUUCCCCAAAUCCGGGAAUCUCCCACGACUGUACACUUACGACUUAGUAUAAACAGAUAACCUACUCAGACUUUAAGAUGCCAUCUUGAACUAAGUCAGGAAAAUUUCCGUGACGUAUGCACCCUUUAGUUAUGGCCUUGUAUGUUUGCCAAGUUAAGGGAGGUCCUAAAUUGAAUAAAGUAAAAGUGUUACUUUUUCAUAUUUGAACUAUGGUAACCUAAAAUGGAGACACCUAAGGUAUAAAUAGGUGUACUUUUAAAUGUUAAGAUACAGAGGAGAGACUUGGAGACAGACGCUGCUCCAUCUUAAAAUGACAGAGAGGCUGACAUGAUGACAUGUUCAGAAGGGUAUGUUAACCUAUUAAUGAUAUUUGCAAGCAUGUACUUUAAUCUUAUAAACUCUGCUAUAAUGGAUUUUAUAUUUUUAUAUAAUAAAUAUCCAAAAGACAAAACGAUUGCUUCCAAGACAAUCCUUAUUUUAUAUUGUAUUCUCAAUUAUUUAUAUAUGUUAAAUAGAGGAUCUCUUACACUAUAUAAAAUUAUGGCUAAGAUAUCUGUAUGGUUAGCCCUACUAAGUUCUAUGCUUUAAGACAUUAUAGUGGUAAAUAAGGGAACCACAGUUCUGCAACCUCCGCAGGCCCCCCAACAACAACCCUGGCACACCAUGCUAACUCGAUACCUCCAAAAAUUCUCCAGAACUGCUGAACACUGUUGGAGAACGUCUCACUGUGCAUCUGACUUUCUCCACUAUAUAUUUAUGCUGAGCUCAUACAGCUUUGCUCUUUCCUCUGCAAAAGUUAAUUACUUCAAUACCCUCAUAACCACACUCUCCCGUGAACCCAAACGACUGUUUCACACAUUUAACUCUCUUCUUCACCCUGCUGUUCCUCCUCCACCUACUAACUUGACUGCCUCAGACUUUGCAACUCACUUCACUGACAAGAUCUCUACAAUCAGAGAAGAGAUCUCUCAUCUUUCUUCUUCCCCUUCCAAUACUUCCCCUAACUUCACUCCCUCUGCUGUUCUAUGUUCAUUAGCACCCGCUACAUUGGAAGAGGUUUCUGCUCUGCUCCAGUCCUCCCGCACCACAACCUGCUCCCUAGAUCCAAUUUCCUCGCAUCUCAUCCGUACUGUCUUCUUCUUUCUCCACCUCUCACUAAUAUUCUCAAUCUCUCUCUCUCCUCUGGUAUAUUUCCAUUGCCCUUCAAACAUGCAACAGUAACCCCAAUUCUAAAGAAGCCCAAUCUUGACCCUAACUCCCCAUCCAACUAUCGUCUUAUCUUGCUACUGCCUUUUGCAUCCAAGAUCCUUGGAAAAAAUUGUGUCUGCGAGACUGACAGACUUCCUCGAGUCCAACUCGCUGCUAGACCUGCUUCAGUCUGGUUUCCACGCUAAGCACUCUGUGGAAACGGCACUGACCAAAGUAUCCAAUGAUCUACUUGCUGCAAAAUCUCGUGGUCACUACUCUAUCCUAAUUCUCCUUGUCCGGUCUGUGGCUUUUGACACUGAUCAUCAACAGCUUCUUCUCAUCCUCCGCAAUAUCGGUUUACAAGAUAUUGCUCUCUCCUGGUUCUCCUCCUACCUCUCCCAGCGCUCUUUCAGUGUUUCUCUCUCUCUGGCUCUGCUUCUUCUCCCCAACUCAUCUCUGUUGGUGUCCCCCCAAGGUUCAGUCCUUGGUCCCCUACUGUUCUCCGUCUAUACUGCCUCCCUUGGUAAACUCACUAGCUCCUUUGGCUUCCAAUAUCAUUUCUAUGCAGAUGACACACAAAUCUACCUGUCCUCUCCUGAUCUCUCCCCGUCCCUCUUGACUAGUGUCUCUGACUGCCUCUCUGCUGUUUCUAACUGGAUGGCUGCACACUUCCUUAAACUAAACUUGACCAAAACUGAAAUUCUGGUCUUUCCUCCCUCAAGUGUUGUUACUCCUGUUUCUGUCUCCCUCCAAGUCAACGGUGCUACCAUCAGCUCCACCACGCAGGCUCGCUGCCUAGGUGUUCUCUUUGACUCCGACCUCUCCUUCAAGCCUCAUGUUCAAUCUAUCGCCAAAUCCUGUCAUUUCCAUCUCAAAAACAUUGCGCGCAUCCGCCCCAACUUAACGCCAGAUGCGACUAAGGUGUUGGUCCAUUCCACUGUCCUUUCUCGCCUUUACUACUGUAAUCCGCUUCUCAGUGGUCUUACGUGCUCCCAACUUGCGUCAUUACAGUCCAUAAUGAUUGCGGCAGCGAGGCUCCUCUUCCUGUCCGCCCGCACCUCCCAUGCCUCACCCUUCUGUCAGUCCCUAGAUUGGCUUCCUAUAAAAUAUAGAGCUCAAUUUAAAAUUCUGGUUCUUGCUUUCAAAUCUCUACAUAAUGCUGCUCCCACCUAUCUAUCCUCCCUUAUACACAAGUAUGUCCCGUCUAGGCCCUUACGAUCUGCUGAAGACUUACGUCUAUCUUCUGUCCGUACUCCCACCUCUGAUGCUCGCCUUCAAAAUUUCUCAAGGGCUGCACCAUUCCUGUGGAACUCGCUUCCCUCCUCAGUUAGAUGCUCACCCAGUCUCCACUCCUUCAAAAAAUUGUUAAAAACCCACUUCUUCAUAAAAGCGUAUCAAUUAAACUGUUAAUAGCUCCUGACUGAUUCCUCUUCUGCAACUGUCACUAGUCUAAUACUAACCUUACCUUUUUGUGUCAUUUUACCCCACUCCCUCUAGCAUGUAAGCUCAUUGAGCAGGGCCCUCAACCCCUCUGUUCCUGUGUGUCCACCUUGUCUGGUUACAAUUACAUGUCUGUUCGUCCACCCAUUGUAAAGCACUGCGGAAUUUGAUAUCACAUUCAAAUAGUAUGAACAAGUCACGACUGUUAUGGAGUGUAAAAGGCAGAAGGAAGAUUAUCCCUUAUUGGAGGGCAUAUCCUUUAUUCCUGUGGCUCAUUUACCCUUGUGUGUGCACAUGUAUAACCCUUUUGUGUCUGAUGAGGAGAUUAUGGCUUUCCUUAACUGUUAUUGUUCAGUUGUGUCACAACCCCUGAAGUUGGUUAAUAUGUUUGGUGUCUAUAACGGUAAGCAUAAGUUCUUCAUUGUACUCAGACCUGAUUCAUCGGAGGUAAGUUGGCUAAAACUCCACCCCACAGAAUUUUUCAAUAUGUGGAAACAGAGGUUAUUUGUUCUACCCAAGUCAGCCUCGUUAUUGUAGGAAGUGUUUCCAGUUUGGCCACUUCAGGGAAGAAUAUAAGAAAGGGAUGUGUUGCAUAAAUUGCUUUGCAGAAGGCCAUACUGCUGUAUGGCAAAGAUGUGAUAUAUGCAGAGCAAAUAAUCAUCUAGCAAGGUUCUGUCCAAAUAUGUAUAAUGAACAUUUUGAAGGUGAAGAUAAUGAGGUGAGUCUUCCAGAGCCUGCAAGUGAAAGUGCAAAAGUUAUUUCUAAAAUUUGCAUUCCCUUUAUUCCUACUUAUGGUACACAGCCCAGGUCUAAGGAAAAGGUGGAGGGGCAACAUGCACAAUUAAUGGCGGAGGAUCAGGCUAAGCAAAAAUCUACAAAGUUAAAAGAAAAAAUAAUUAUUGUCGAAGAGAUGGAGUGUCGAGACUCUACUAAAGUAGUUCUUGAGGCUCCUGGUCACUCUGUUUCUGAUGUCUCUGAGGAGGAAGUGGCUGGUAAGACUCCAGUUGCCAAGAGGAAAGGUGGAGAGUUGCGGUUGUCUACAGCCAUCCUGACGGUCCUGGGAGAGUCUUCCUCUGAGGUUGAAGAUCAGACUAGGUCAGAAACAUCUGGCCCUUUCUCGCCAAUCUUUGAUUCUCAGGCAGUGUCCCGACUGGUGGAUAUCUGAGGGUUCUUGCAGGACCUUGAGGAGAUGUUGGGAGUCAGUUAGUGGGACAUGAAAUGAUGAGGUAUAACACCUCUGAACUAUGUUUUGCAUUGCCUCACUAAAUGUGAGAAGUUUGGAAAAAACUUCUAGACGCGCUGUUAUAUUUGAUUUCUUUUUAAAAUGUAACUUUUCACAUUGUGUGUUUGCAGGAGUGUGGUCUAGAAAUAAAAAAAACAGGUGAUAUAAAAUAAGAAAGGGAACCUUCUAUUUUUUUCAUGUGGUGUAGGGAAAAACAUUGGAGUUGCAGUGUUCUUUAAAGGAUGGGAAUUCCUAAUUUUAAAAGUAUUGGAAGUUGUGUCGGAGGGUUUUGGUAGUCCAUUUUUUUUUAUACAGGUGCACUGUUUGCAGAAUUAUUAAUUUAUAUGCAUUGGUAGAUUUAAAAAAAAAAAAAAAAAAAAAAAAAAAGAUAGGUUGAAUGUUUGGGUAUGGUGUUGCCAGGGAAGGAAUUAACUAUUGUCAUUGGAGAAACAAAUGUUCCCUCUGGGAACCAAAACUAUUUGAAGUGACACUUAUGAAUAGAGCUGAAAUAUAAGGUAAAAUAAGUCCCAAUAGAAAUAAGUGUAGUGAAAAUAAAAAUGAGUACAAAAUUAGAUCAUACCUAUACAUACCAAUGCUAGGGUACUGUAAGUUACCUUUAAUAUAUCUGUCAAGAGCAAAGCAAAACCGCUAUAUGAGAAAGUAUAGUACCAUAUAUCUAUCUCCUACCCGGACUCCCUUAAUAAGUUUCCCUCGUAAGGAGUUAUCGUACACCAACAUUUAUGCAGUGAGUGCCCCUCAAGCUCCUUCAAUUAGCUAAACAGAACAAAGACUUCCAAUAAGCAAAAUAAUGUAGGAGUCUAAUUUUAGACCUGAAGUAGUCAGACCGAGGUCCAGGCAGUGGUAGAAAAGCUUGCUAUCUAAAGACACCUAAGGACAACCACCUCUCUCAAAUAAAAAAUUAUUACACUAAAUACCCAUCAUGAAAAUGAGCCCAAAGUAACCAAAUAAAAAAAGUGUUUAAAAUGCCUGACACGCGUUUAAGCGCUGUAGUAUUGUAAUAUAAUUGAGGGAGCUUGAGGAGCACUCACUGCACACUUGCUAUAAAUUUUGGUGUACGAUUACUCCUUACGAGGGAAACUUAUUAAGGGAGUCCGGGUAGGAGAUAGAUCUAUGGUACUAUACUUUCUCAUAUAGCGGUUUACUUUGCUCUUGACAGCUUGUAUUGAGCUUGUAUUGACAGCCAGAAUUAAACGUUCGUCUGAUACCUCCUUUCUGAGAACACCAUAUUAUUUCAGUCUGAAGGUUACGGAUUACUUGCACAUGGAUGCUAUUAACUUCCAUGAUAUUUUUUUUACGGUAUAAGCUUCACAGUUUUGAGAUAGCUCUGUGGGGAUCCUGUUUCCAUUCCAGACAGUAUUCACUUCGUAUCAGUUAGACCUCUAGUGACAGCAUGAACAGCAUGACUAUACAGAUGCUAGUCUGAUACUUUAUUAUUACUUAGAAUCUAUUUUUGUUUUCACUGAUGGCCUAUUCGUGUACAUUUGCGUUAACUUCUACGAAACUGGAUCACUGUACAGCCUUCAGUCAACUACCUCUUUGAGAUAACACAUUGUUUAUCAGAGGUAGACUUGAAACUUUUUUGUUUGCUUUCUUCAUAUUUUCUGUUUAGUUAGAAGGAUUAAGCCCAUUUGGGUACUUGUAAGCAGAGAUCUACCUAGUCAUGCUUAGUGGAGAUAAUUGCAAGACAUCUUGGGAAGAACUACAUUUUAAGCCUUCUUACACGUCUCUGAGGACUUUUUGGUACCUCCUUAAUAGUAAUUUUCUCCACUUUUGACACCUCUCCACUUUUUUUUUUUUUUUAAAUCUUUGCAACUUUUGCAUUUAGUAGAUAUACAACACAACUGUAUUCCAAGCAAUAUAUUACAAGUAAUUGACAGUACCCUAGCAUUGGUAUGCGUAGGUAUAGUCUAAUUUAGUACUCUUUCAUUUUUACAUUUUACUCUGUACAAUUAUUUCUAUGGGACUUAUUUUACCUUUAUCAUGUUUCAGCUCUAUUCAUAAGUAUCACUGCAAAUAAUUUUGGUUCCCAGAGGGAACAUUUGUUUCGCUAUUUCAUAUACAGGGUUAGGCCCUUUAAAAAUUUGGAGGACAUAUCCAUAAGGACCUUACCUUAUCUAUAAUCUAUUUUGAUAGGAGACUUUAAUUGUAUUUUGAAAAGGGAGGAUAGGAUGGGAACUGAGAUUGGUUACAAUAUGAGUAAGUCAGGGCAGUUUUUAAAUAAUUUUGUUAAGUAUUUUGGGUUUUAUGAUGCUGUUGUGGUUAUGGGAAAUGUUGACAUUACCUUUAUCACUAAAAAAUGUAAGUGUCAAGUCACGUAUUGAUUUGUUUUCUUACACAGGGUGUUGGGGCAGAAGUUCUGCGCACAUCAAAAGUUACUUUUUCAGAUCAUGUGCUUUUGGAAUGUGAGGGAGAAUGGAGUUGAAAAUGGAAUUUGGUAGAAGUUUUUGGAAGCUGAAUGUGAGUAUAUUGAUAAUUAUGGAGAUGAAAAAAGAAUAGUGUUAAAUAGAAGUACUGUAAGGAGUGUACAUAUAAAUAUAAGAGUGGACAUAGUCUUAAAUUAGAGGGACAAAGGUUUAAAAAUAAUAUCAGGAAGUAUUACUUUACUGAGAGGGUAGUGGAUGCAUGGAAUAGCCUUCCAGCUGAAGUGGUAGAGGUUAACACAGUAAAGGAGUUUAAGCAUGCAUGGGAUAGGCAUAAGGCUAUCCUAACUAUAAGAUAAGGCUAGGGACUAAUGAAAGUUUUUAGAAAAUUGGGCAGACUAGAUGGGCCGAAUGGUUCUUAUCUGCCGUCACAUUCUAUGUUUCUAUGGUGGGAAUGGGUGGAAAAAUUUUUUUUUUUUUUUUAAAUAGGAAAGGAUGGGGAAAAAGCUAGAAUGAAGAGAGAAUGCCUGGAUAAUUGGAGAUUGAAAAUUGAAUAUUUGUGUGGAUGAGAGGUGGAAGAUGAUUGAGAAAGUAGGAACACAUGUUUGGAAGAAAGAGGUAAAAAGAUUGUAUUUGCGGCUAAAUUGAAUGUGUUAGAAAAAGAUGAAAAGUGUUCUAUAUUUUUUUUAAAAAGUAUAUGAAGGGGAAAAAAGUCUGGAAGGUGUAGUAAAUGAAGGUGUAGUGAUUGGGGAUAAGAUAUGUUAAAUGUAGUGAAGAAAUUUUAUGCAGAAUUGUAUAUGGAGAAAUAAGAAUUUAGAAAAUGAGGUUUUAAGUGGCAUUGAAAAAGGAAUAAAAGAAGAAGAUAUGAGUUGGUUGGUGACAGAUGUGAACAAAUGUGAGUUGCAAGAAACAAUGGUGAAUUUUCAGUUAAAUAAAACAUCUGGAUGUGAUGGGUUACCUGUAGAAUAUUUUAUAGAACAUUGGGAUGUGAUUGCAGAUUACUUUUUGCAAAUAUGUGAAUUUGUGUUAAAUAAUGGUGUCAUGACUGAAUCUAUGAGGAAGGGUGUGAUCUGUUCAAGAAAGGUGAUAAGUAUGAUUUGAGAAAUUGGAGACCUAUAACUUUAUUGAAUGUACAUUAUAAGAUUGUUGCGAAGGUGUAUACGAAUAGUUUUGAAACAUGUGGGUGAGGAGCAAAUUUGUGCAGUACCAAGAAGACAGAUAGCACAACAUUUGAUAGGUUUAAGAGAUGUUAUGGUUUUGAAAGAAGUAGCAAUUGUGGUGAUUGAUUUUUGAAAAGGUGUAUGAGAGUGGCACAUGAUUUUAUGUUUGCAAUUUUAGAAAGAAUGGGGUUACCUUUAAAGAUGUUAAAUUUGAUUAAAUGCCUGUAUAAUGGGAUUGAGAGUGUUGUUCAAGUAAACAACUGGAUGACUUUUAUUUUAAAGUGUGUUGUGGGGUAAGACAGGGAUGCCCUCUGUCCCUGAUACUUUUUUGUGUGAUAGAACCUUUGUGACUAAUGAUACAUUUGUGAGAGGUAUUGAAAUACCGGGAAGUAGUGCAAAGAGUAUGAAAGUGAUUGGCUAUAUGGAUGAUGUGACGUUAAUAUGUAGAACGCAGGCAGGAUUGAGGAGCGUGAAACUGUUAGUAGAAAUUUUUAGUAUGGCAAGUGGAUUUAGAGUGAAUUGGAAUGAAUGUUAAUGUAAGGCUUUUGGGUAUUGGAGAGAGUUGGAGUUAUGUGGGUGGCUGGUGGUAGAGAAUGGAAUUGAAGUUUUAGGUGUAAUUUCUGAUGUAGAUUUGAAAGGAAAAGAAAGUUGGGAAAAAAAAGAGGUGAAUCGAGUUAUGAGUGAGUGUGUUGUCUUUUAAAGGUAAAAAUUUUAAUAAUCAAUUUUAAUCCCUAUUAUGUUAUAUUUAAGUUUUAUUUUUCCUCCUAAUGAAAUGAAUUGGAGAAAGUUGGUUAGAAUUAUAUUUUUGUUCUUUAGGAGUAGUAGAAUGGAGCAUUUUAGUAGAGAAAACAUAAUGAGGAAACAGAUGAAUGGUGGUAUAAAUGUCCUAGAUCUUGAGAUUUUUAUUAAUUCAUUUAUGUGAGAAUAUGCAUUAGAAUUUGUCAGAAAGUGUGGUAGCAUGUAUGUUGAAGUAUGCGGCGGGGAUAAGUCUGAGAAAAUUUGGUGUACAUGUGAUUGAUUGGACAUAACCAGUGUGUUUUAAUGUCCUAUAGUUUUAUAAAAAGAUUGAAGUAUGUAUUAGGAAGUAUGAAUUACAGAAUGUUACAAUGUUGUUUAUUUUUUUGUUUAUUUUAUUUGUUAUAAGCAAUAAAGUAUUUGUAACCCCCUAUAUCCUGCGUCCUGGAUGAAUUUGGAGGUACCAGAUAUAGCAGAGUGGAGUUCCUGCCAGAAGCCCUGUUUCCUUAUUUGUUCAAGGUACCAAGUUUGAGCCAACUUCUAAGUGGCUCCACUUAUGUGAGUGAGACCAGUAUUUGGUGGUUAUUUAUCACACUGUGAUGUUAUUACCCAGACCAGGUGAUCCAGCAGCCUCGUUAGGCUCAUCAGCGGUAGCAGCUGGAGAGAGAGAGGUGCAAGGUAUGUCUGGAGGGGAGCAUAUAGAGGAAUGGACAAGGUUAAGAAGGGGAGCUGUGUUUCCAGGGCUCAAAGGUUGUGUGCUCUGUGACUGAUUGUGUCUCUGUUGCUAUUUGUAGCCAGCUUACACCUAGAUGAGGAAGAGGUGGGUUGUACUGUGCCCAAGGCUCACCGCAAGCUGAAGAAGCCCAGGCGAAUGGCAGGUGAGUAGCUGGGCGCCCAUUCCGGUUAUCGCUUCUCGGCCUUUUGGCUAAGAUCAAGUUUAGUCUUGUCUUGCCAGAAGGUUCCUGUGGUUGGUGACACAAGCUGUGUCUUCCUUGGAGGACACAGUCUGGCUGCUGCUAUUGGGGGGCAACCUGAGCCACCACGAACGAGGAAAACGAGGAGUAAUCGACGAUGGAGCGUGGCGGACCAUCAUAUCCGAAAACAGUGCGGCUGUUGGUUGCUGAGGAGAGGCGGACGGAGGUGGGUUUUGCACGUCAUCCAAAAAGAUAUCCUGGAAGGUUUGCUGCGAGUACCCCGGGAAUGGUUGUUUUGUGUUCAGGACUUCCAGACUCGGGGUAUGUAUGAUAUUUCCUUCAUGGAGCAAGAUUUUGUGACUACCGUAAUGGAAAGGAAAAAAGAGAAAGAAGGUGAGAAACUGCUUCGAGGUAUUUCUUUCCAUUUGUUCCUGUGUCCCGAUUACCUCUAGUGGUACACAUGUAUAAUCCGUUUGUUGGCGAUGAGAUUUGUUUUUUUUGAGCAGGUACUGUAAAAUUGGUAAAUCAAUUCGGGGUUUAUAACGGGAAAAGAAAAUUCUUUGUGGUGCUGAAAAAGGAUGAGAUAGAGGUGAGUGGCCUGAAACACCCCCCACAAAAUUUCUCCCUUGGAGGUAAUAGAGGCUAUUUAUUUUACCCGGGACAACCCAGCUAUUGUAGGAAUUGUUUUCAAUUUGGGCAUGUGAGUGCUGACUGUUCUAAGGAGCUGUGCUGUAGAAAUUGUUAUGGGGAGGGCCAUACAGCUUUUGAAUGUUCUGAGAGGCGUAAGUGUGAUCUAUGUGGAUCUGUGAGCCAUAUGGCCAGGUUUUGUACAAGCCUGUCUCUAGGUGGUCCAUGGUCAGGGGCAGAAGGGGAGUCUACAAGGUCUGAAACUGUUGUUAAAGAUGUAGGCCUGAAAGCAGUUUCGAAGACUAGAAUACGGUUUAUGCCUACUUAUGGCACACAACUGCGUUCUGUAGAGGAGCAUGCCGAACGACAUGCUAAGAUAAUGGAAGUUGCUGAAAAGAAAAAAGAGAAAGAAGCUAAAAGUGAGGUGGCACAAAUGGAAUGUGGUGAUGUGUUAGAGGAUAUAGUGAAAACAGAUAGUGUUACUGCAAGCACUUCUACCGAAGUUGAGGGUGGUGACUUGCCCUUGUCAAAAAGGAUGAAAAGGAAAGGAGAAGAGCAACUGUCGAGGGAGUUCCCAAAAAUACUGGUAGAUUCAUCUUCAGAACAAGGGGAUCGAUCAGAGUCUGAGACUUCUGGUUAUUCAUCCCCUGUUUUUGAUUUACAAGCUGUAUCUAGGCUGUUUGAUGUAUUAGGGUUUGUUCGGGACCCUGAGAUGAAAAGUGACUCAGAGGAAGGGACGUGAUGUGAUGAGGUUGAAACCUCUGAUCAAUGUUUCAAAUUGCUCACUGAAUGUGAGGAGUAUUAAAUAGGCUAUCAGAAGAGCUGCAGUUUUUGACUUUCUUUGCAGCUUAAAAUUCAAUCUGAUAUGCUUACAAGAAUGUAAUUUAACUGAUAGACCUGUAAAUAAUGAGUGGGGGUUGGGUCCUUCUGUUUAUUCUUUUGGGGUGGCUGUAUUGUUUAGGGGAUGGGAGUUUUAAAUUACAAGGGUAGUAGAAGUUGUGUCUGGGAGGGUUUUAUUGAUUUACUUUGGGUAUAGGGGCAUUAAGUGUAAGUUAAUGUAUAUGCACCGGUAGACAAGAAUGAAUGAAUGAAGGUGUUUGAGUGCUUAGGUAUGGUUUUGCCACGGAGGGAAAUAUUUUUGUGUGGAGACUUUAAUUGUAUUGUUCGUAGGGAAGAUAGAAUAGGUGUGGGGGGAGGGGUAUAAAUUAGAUGUUACUGGAAAGGUUUUGAAUAAUUUAGUUAAAGAUUUUGGAUUUGUAGAUGCGGUGGAGGGAAUAGGGGAUAGUGAUAAGUUUACUUUUUUUUAGUGAUAAGGGUACAGUAAAAUCUCGUAUUGAUUUUUGUUUUAUUUCAAAGGGCGCCAACAUAGAAUUCCUGCGUACACUAAAGAAUCCAUACUCUGACCAUGCUCUUUUAGAAUGCGAAGUAAGAAUGGAUGGUGUAUUAGAAUUUGGUAAUGGUUUCUGGAAAUUGAAUGUGAGUAUGUUAAUGGAUGAGGAUGUAUGUGAAGAAUUUAGUAGAAAGUAUGGGUAUUGGAAAAAAUGUAAAAACAAUUUUAAUACGAUUUUAGAAUGGUGGGAUUGGAUGAAGAGGAAUAUAAAAAUAUAUUUUGUUAAAAUAGGAAUGGAAAAAGCUAGGAGUGAGAGGAAAUGUUGGGAUGAAUGGAAUAGUCAAAUCUAUUUACCUGUGUAAAUUGAGAGAAUUGGGCUGGGAGGUUGAGAGUGAAUUAGAAGCAGCAAGAGAAAUGAGGAAGAAAGGUUUGGAUGAAAAGGGUAGGAAGAUAGUGUUUGCAGCUAAAUUGAAUGUUUUGGAGAAGGAUGAAAAGUGUUUGUGAUAUUUUUUUUAAAAAGGCUUUUGAUGGUAGGAAAGGAAUGGAAGGUAUUAUGAAUGAAAAUGGGGUUAUUGUAAGGAAGAAAGAGGAGAUGUUAAUUGAGGUUGGAAAUUUUUACAAGGAUUUGGAUACAGAGAAAGUGAGAGAUGUAAGUUUGGAAACGGAAACUUUGGCAGGUAUUAAGAAUGGAGUGAGUGAAGAUGAUUGUAGUUGGCUGUUGAGGGAUGUGACAAAGAUGGAAUUGUAUGAGACUGUUAAAGAAUUUAAAUUGAAUAAAUCUCCUGGAAGUGAUGGGUUAUCUGUAGAAUUUUAUAGAACGUUUUGGGAGUUGGUUGCAGAUUAUAUAUUUUUUUUGAUGUAUGUGACUUUGUUUUGAAUGUAGGAGGUCUGUCUGAAUCAAUGAAGAAAGGAGUGAUUGUGUAGAUUUUUAAGAAAGGUGAGAAGCAUGAUUUGUGUAAUUGGAGACCAAUUACAUUAUUGAAUGUUGAAUAUAAAAUUAUAGCGAAGUUGGUGGCAAAUAGAAUCAAGAGAGUGAUUGAAAGUAUGGUAGGUGAGGAGCAAGUGUGUGCAGUGCCGGGGAGACAAAUUGCAGAGAGUUUAAUAGGAGUGUGUGAUGCUUUAUGGUUUUGUAAGGAGAGAAAGAUGUUAGUAGCAAUUGCAACGAUUGACUUUGAGAAAGCGUAUGAUAGGGUAGCACAUGAGUUUUUGUUUAAUUUUGGAGAAAAUGGGAUUGCCUGGGAAAGUAUUGAAUUGGAUAAGAUGUAUGUAUAGAGGUAUUGAAAGCGUGGUACAAGUGAAUGGAUGGAUGAGUGAAAACUUUAAAGUAAGAUCUGGGGUUAGACAGGGUUGCCCCUUGUCGCCUAUACUUUUUAUGUGUGAUAGAACCUUUGUUAUGUAGUAUUAUGAAUGAUAAGAUUGUGAGAGGGGUGGAAGUUCCGGGAAGUGGAGAUAGAAGUAUGAAAGUGAUUGGCUAUAUGGAUGAUGUUACUGUUUGUGCAGAACGCAAGCUGGAUUAAGAAGGGUAAAAUUGUUGGUUGAAUGUUUUUGCAUGGUUAGUGGUUUGAAGGGUAACUGGAAUAAAUGUAAAUGUAAAGCUUUUGGUGGUUGGAGAGAGUUGGAAUUAUGUGGGUGGCCGGUAGUAGAAAAUGGUAUUGAAGUAUUGGGAGUGUUUUUUUGAGGAUGAUUUAAGAGGAAAAGAAAGCUGGAAUAAAAUAGUGAGUCGAGUGAAUCAGAAGAUUGGAUUGUGGAGUGGAAGGAAUUUGUCGUUUACUGGUAAGGUGUUGAUAAUUAAAGCAGUCUUGAUUCCUAUAAUGUUAUACUUGAGUUUUGUUUUGCCCCCUGAUAAUAGAAGUUUGAAGAAGUUAGUGCAGAUUGUUUUUUUAUUUUUUUGGAGUAGUAGAAUGGAGAGAUUGAGUAGAGUGAAAGUUGUUAAGAAAAGAGUGAAUGGAGGAAUGGAUGUACCAGAUAUAGAGAGAUUUUUAUUAGUGCAUUAUGUCAGGAUGUGUGUGAGGAUUUGUAGAAAAGAAAGUGUAGUAGCGUGUAUGUUGAAAUAUGCAGCAGGUAUGAGUUUGAGGAGAUAUGGGUUGCAUGUGGUUGAUAGGAGGAAACUGGUAUGUUUUGUUUUACCUUGGAAAAAGAUUGAUGUAUGAAUUACAAAAUGUGUCAUGGGAGGAGUGGAAUGAAAGGAAGAAAGUUUUUUUACAUUUUAAAUGGGAAAGAGACUGAUUGGGGUAGAUGGAUUAAAUGAGAAAAUAAGUAAAGAUGUGUGGAAGAGAUUGGUUAGUAUAGAAAUCUUAAACAGACAGAAGGACAUUGCAUGAAUGGCUGUGCAUAAUUGUUUGGCUACAAGGGAAGUGCAGUAUGGUAGAUGUGUAGGUAGAACUGAAAUUUGUCUGAGAGAAGGGUGUGGGUGUAGAGAGAAUGUUGUGCAUGUGUUUUGGAAUUGUGUGUUUGUGAGACAAGUUUUGGAAAAAUUAUUAAAGUUGGUAGUUGACUUAACUGGAAUUUCAGUGUUUACUUUUGAAGUGUUAUUGUUUGGGAUGUGUAAAAUUGAGAAAGAAAAAGAACGUGUGUUAUGGCAUGUAUAAAAGAAACUAUGUGGGAUGUAAGGAAUUUGUUGUUUUUUUAGGAAGGAAGUUUUGUCAGUGAAAGCAUGUGUAAGAAUGAUUAGAGGUAAAAUGUAUUUGUAUUAUUUGGAGGAUGUAAGGAAGAAAGGUGAAAUGGAUGCCGAGGGAGUGUGGAAGACAAAAAAAUGGAAGAAAUGGUGUACGCAGGAAUUAUGUAGGUGAUGGGUUUUUGUGUAGUGCACUUGCUAAAAUUCAUGUAAAGAUUAUAAUAUAUUGGGUGUAUAUUUGGGUUUUUGAGAAAUUGUGAAAUGUUUUUUGCAUAUUAAAACUUAUGGUUUUCUUUAUAGGAUAAAUAUCGAAGAUAUUGUUUUGAAAUCAAAUUCUUUAUGAUGGGUUGAGGUAAAGCGUGGGUGGAGGGCGUUAUUGGUUUGUGGAUUGCAAAUACAGUUUGUGUUCUGAUAUAUUAUUAAUGGAAGAGAAAGAGAAAAAAAAAUAUGGGGGUAAGUAUGGAUGAAUGAAUGGGGUAGGAUUAAUAGUUUGCAGUGAGGUUUUGGUGGAGGGUGUGCUGUGGUGGGGGUUUGAUGUGUUAUUGCUGUGUUGUAACUAUUAUUUAAUUUUACUGAAAAGAAUCAUGAGGAUGUUACCUGAGAGGUUCCUUGAAUGUCAUCUGGAGGAAAUGCUCUGUGACUGAGUGGUUAAAAAAAAAAAAAAAAUCUGUUCUUAUCAGUUUAAUAUCUGAUACGUCCCUUAUCUGGGGACCAUAUAUUAAAUGGAUUUUUGGGACAGGGAGAUGAAAGAAGAGCUUGCUCUGUCCACUCCACGCAUUGACCUGGUAUUGCAGUACCUCCAGGACCAGUGCACCUCUUAUGCUGGUUAAAAAAUAGAUAGAUUGAAAAAAGUUCUAAAGACAAGCCACUAGACUCAUUUGGUGGGAAUGAAAUGCAGGUAUCUCUAAGUGCAUCUCUGCCUUCCCCUGUCUGUGGCAUGCCUGAAUGCAGCCCAGACAAAAAGCAUUCUUUGAAUUAUGGUUACUUGUUGCAAUGUUUGUUAACUUAUUUCUUUUGGAUAGCUUGUCCGAUUGUUAUUAUCUAUCAUGUGCUGUGUAUGCACGAUUCAAUUCUGUUCACCUGAUCCAAUGUAUUCAUUGUUAUCAUGUAAAUCUGUGUAAUCACUUCAUUUAAUAAAUGUGUCCAGUAUAUCCAUUGUGAAGCCAGAGGAUUUCUAUCCAGGUGGACUCGGCUGGCUGCGUAUAUGAUCAAUGUUAAAGUGGGCGGUAUUAUGCAAAUCUGCAGCAUGCUGGUCUUUGAAAUUACAGCAAUAACGUUUUGGAGGGAAAGUUGAGCCACAUCUAAGUAACCAAUUAAGGGUUUAAUUGAAUCAUUGAGUGAGUGAGCAACCAGCGGGUGCUUAAUUGCUUGCUCUAUCUACCCUACUUGCAGCUGAAGAGGAACAGACCGGGGGGGGGAGAGGAGAGGAGAGGAGAGGGAGAAUCCAGCAGCCUUGUUAGGCUCAUCAGUGGUAGCAGCUGGAGAGAGAGGUGCAAGGUAUGUCUGGAGGGGAGCAUAUAGAGGAAUGGACAAGGUUAAGAAGGGGCGCUGUGUUUCAAGGGCUUCGAGGUUGUGUGCUCUGUGCCUGUGUCUCUGUUGCUAUUUGAAAGCCAGCUUACACCUAGAUGAGGAAGAGGUGGUACUGUGCCCAAGGCACACCCCAAGCUGAAGAAGUCCAGGCGAGUAGCUGGGCACCCAUUCUGGUUAUAGUUUUUCUGCCUUUUGGUUAAGAUCAAGUGUGAAAGCUGGUCUGGUCAGAAGGUCCUGGUGUAUGCAACGCAAGCCCCUCUGCAUCUUCCUUGUGGAGGCGUGGCUCGGAUGCUGCUAUUGGGGGGAGACACGUGCUUUCACCGGGAACAAGAAGGGAUUCCACGAUGGAGAGAGGAGCGCCCUCAUUUCCCAAAUCGAUCCGGAUUCUUGUGAAUGGAGAAAGGAGAAAGACUGUUUGUCUUCACAUGAUCCAGAAAGACAUAUUAGAAGGAUUGUUGCAGAUUCCAAGAACCUGGCUUUUUUUGUGUGCAGGACUUUCCCUCGAGAGGUGUCUUUGAUGUAUCAUUCAUGGAACAAGAGCAGGUGACCACGGUGAUGGAGUGUUUGAAGCACAAAGAAGGUGAUGUAUUGUUGCAUUGGAUUACCUUUACCCUGUAGGUUCCUGUGGUUAAAAUCCCAAUUGUUGUCCACAUGUACAACCCUUUCGUCAUGGAUGAGGAAAUCAGUGUUUUCAAGUAGAUACUGUUCGGUGGUGGGUAAACCCUUUAAACUGGUGAAUAUGUUUGGAGUUUUCAACGGGAAAAGGAAGUUUUUGGUGACACUAAGGCCAGAUCCGUCGGAGUAGAGUGGGAUUAAACACCCACCCCAGAACUUUUCAAUAGGAGGUAAUAGAGGUUACUUAUACUAUCCAGGGCAGCCGAAGUACUGUAAGAAUUGCUUCCAGUUUGGCCAUCUUAGCGACGAAUGUGUCAAGGGCAAAUGCUGUAGGAACUAUUUUGGGGAGGAUCACACUGCUGCUGAAUGCGCAGAAAGGAAAAGAAUCAUAUGGCGAGGUCUUGUCCAAAGCUGUGGCAGGACCCUCCCCGGACAGAUCCCAAGGAGGGAGUGGGUGAGGUGGAGACAGCAUGCAGUGAGGCUUCAAAAAAGGUCCUGUUGAAACCUAGGAUCCCUUUUAUCCCGACCUUUGGGACACAGCUCAGGUCCAAAGAAGAAAUUGAGGAAAGGCAUGUUAAGAUAGUGGCUGAAAGAGGGGGAAAAAAAAACUGCAGAAGAUGGCUGUGGCAGAAGCUAUGGAGCUGGAAGAAGGUCUUGCAGCUGAGGUUGUGGUGGCGGGCCCCUCACCCCUGGCGGAUCCUGGUGAAGACUGUGGUGAUAGUCCCCCUGUGUCCGAGAAGAUAAAGAAAGGCACACAAUCCCCUCUCAAGGGACUUUCCAAAACCGCUGAUGGAAUCAAUGUAUGAUUCAGAGGAGAAGUCGAAAUCGGAAGUUUCGGAUUCGAUGUCACCGUGUUUUGACACACGGUUCGCUAUGAGGCAUGGGUUUGUCCUUAGUCCCUGCCAGGAGUCUGGGGGAAGGAGUAUCAGAUGAGAAGAUGUGAAAAUGAUGAAGUAUCUAUCUUCUGAUGUUUUCAGUUGUCUCCUUGAAUGUUAGGAAUAUUAAGGCCGCUCCAAGAAGAGCCCUAAUAUUUGAUUUUUUUUGAGCAGACCAGUUCUUGCCGUUAUUUGCUUGCAAGAAUGUAACUUGGCAGAAAGACCAUUGGGGACCAAAUGGGAAUAUGGCCCGUCUGUUUAUUCAUGUGGUGAUGGUAGUAAUAUUGGAGUAGCAAUUUUAUUUAAGGGAUGGGAAUUUGAGGUGGUUAAGGUUCUGGAAUUUAUCACGGGGAGGGUUUUGGUUGUUUACUUUUUAUUUUGGAGUACAGUAUUUAGAGUUAUUAAUGUUUAUGCACCUGCAGUGAAAAGAGAGUGACUGUGUUUGCAUGUUUGGGGAUGGUGAUGCCAGGGAGGGUACUUUUUUAGUAGGUGACUUAAUUGUAUCAUUGGAAAGAAAGAUAGAAUAGGUUCAGGUGAUUGGUAUCCGUUAGAUAGCUCAGGACGGGUGUUAUUAAAUUUAAUUAAGGAUUUUGGGUUCACAGAUGCUGUGGGGGUUAUGGGUGAGGAGGAAGUAUUUACUUUUUUUUUAGUGAUAAGGGGAAUAUUAAGUCACUUACUGAUUUCUGCUUUACUUCACAGGGUUUUAAUGCUGAAUCUUUGCAUUCAUCAUGAUUUCCAUUUUCGGAUCAUGUGAUGUUGGUAUGUAAAGGGAAAACUAAUGUGAAAUUGGAAUUUGGAAGAGUUAUUUGGAAGUUGAAUGUACGAAUGCUGAUGGAUGAACAGGAGAGAGAUGAAUAUUGCAUAUGUUAUGGUAGAUGGAGGGAAUGUAAGAAUAAGUUUGAAAAUAGUGUUUGGUGGGAAUGGUUAUAAAUGAACAUUAAAUUGUUUUUCAUAAGGAAAAGAUGGGAAAAAGCGUGAAGAGAAAGAAUGUUGGGAUAUAUGGAGAGAGCGUAUUGACAAUUUGUGUAAAUUGAGAAAACUGGGAUGGGAGGUAGAGGAUGAACUGGAAGAAGCAAGAGAAUUUAAGAGGAAGCGUUUAGAAGAGAGGUAGGAAGAUUGUGUUAGAAUUGGAUGAAAAAUGUACUAGAUUCUUUUUUUUUUUUUUAAAAGCAUAUGAAUGUAAAAAAGGAAUAGAAGGUAUAUUGACUGGGGAGGGUGUUAUUGUGAGUGAAAAGGGAUUAAUGUUGAAUAAAGUGUAUGAGUUUUAAAAUGAGUUGUAUAUGGAAAAAACGAGAUGUAAGUUUGGAAGGUGAUGUAAUGAAGUAUGUUGAAAAAAAGAAUAAAUGAGAUGGAUGUUUGUUUUUUGGUGAGAGAUGUGGUUAAAAAGAGUUGCAUGAUACUAUUUAUAAUUUUAAAUUAAAUAAAACGCCUAGGAGUGAUGGAUUGCCUGCUGAAUUUUAUAGGAUGUGCUGGACUGUGAUUUAAGACUAUUUUUUAUUUUUAUUUUUAGAGGUAUGCCAGUUUAUUUUGGGUGAAGGAAGAAUGACGGAAUCAAUGAGGAAAGGAGUGAUUGUUUUAAUAUUAAAAGGUGAGAAGCAUGUUUUGAGAAAUUGGAGGCCGAGUACAUUAUUAAAUAUGGAUUAUAAAAUAAUUGCAAAAGUGAUGGCUGUAACGGACCGUUUCAGCACACAAGGGGUAAAAACCGCUUAGGCGAUCGGUUUUGGAACACAACCAAUACACUCAGACACUCCCACACAAAUGCCUCCCCUCUGCAUGUGAUUCAAUUACCUUACACAAUGGGUAAUGUAAUUAAGCACAAGCAGAGAAAUACAAUUUUUCCACAUUAUUCAUAACUUGAAAAGUAUGCCUUACAUUUUCCGAAUCAACAUACUCCAAAUACAAACAUAUGUCAAAAUCAUACAAAUUGGUCCAGUGGUUCAAAAGAUAGAUCGUAGUCCUUUGUGACCACAGGAAGCAUGGCUUUUCUGCCCAAAACCAGUUCCACAGAGUCUUCUAUCCUGGAGGUAAUUAGAAGUAAUCCAAUUAUCUCCAAAGACAGAGGCAAAACACCAUUGAACACAUGGCAGCAAAAAGACAGUAAAAUACAAUAAAAUACACAAGGUUAUAUUUAUGACAUAAAAUACAGACAUGCAACAUAUGCCCAGAUAGCUUAGGUCUGAGCGCACAUUACUGAAUGGCGCUCAGAGCACACACAUACAGUUCAAUUGCCAUGGAGCUAAAGUCUUUCCCAUAGUCUUUCAUUAUAUGAAUGGGCUCCAUGGCAUAGCUAUCUGGGGUAUCACUGCUCAAACAGGGCAAGCACCAAAUGACCCUUCUUUCUUGUUUUUGUAGGGGAAAAUCAAGCCUUUUAACAUGGGGCCAUAAUCCAAAGGCAACAGGCGAGCAACCAGGCUUCUCAAAUGCAAUGUGGCGAGAUUGCUCUCGUCACAUCUCUCCCCUUUUCCAAACAGACUAACAGGGUAUCUGACCUCCUGCCGGUCAGUGCCCUUGUUAGUCCAGCAGCCCACCCACAAAACACAAUCAACAGCACAGCCCACCCACAAUAAAUGGAUACUACACCUGGGUAGAGGAGAAGCUUGUCCAUGUCCAGGUGUCUCACCACGGCUGUGCUGGGUAUGGGUAUGCUGACUUGGUGGGUUGCUGAGUGGGCAGAGACCAGCGGUACUCUGCUCUGUUGCCAGCGCUACUGGAGGAGUAGCCUGGUUGUUGGAGGGGGAGACCGACUGUCUCCCCUUUAGAUAUACAGCCCUGCUGCUGGAGACCGACUGUCUCCCCUUUGGCUAAACAGCCCUGUUGCUGGGGGGCAGAACCGACCGUCCCUACCCUCUGUGCUGGACGUGCAGAGACCACGGUCCCAUCUGCACAGUUGUGGGGCUUACUGUCUCCCCUGGGUACUUUAAGCUGCUGCUGGGUAGAGGGGGUAACAAGCUCCUCUCUCACAUAUACUUCCAGCCGCGGGGGAGGGAGACCGACUGUCUCUCCUCCCAAUACAGAGCCCUGCUGCUGGGGAAAGGAGACUGGGCUCUCUAUUCCCGGUAGGACACACUGCCGCUGGGGAGUGGAGACUGGGCUCCCAAUUCCCUGCUGUAUCUCCCGCUGGAGAAUGGAGACCGGGCUCCCAAUUCCCUGUAAUUCACACUGCCGCUGGGGAUCUGAGCCGACUGCCCAGCAUCCCUGUAGCUCACCCUGCCGCUGGGGAGGGAGGACGCUGCUCUCCUCUCCCUGCAAGGUACACUACCGCUGGGGGACAGGACCACUUGUCUCUGCCCCCUGUAACUCAGCCUGCCACUGGGGAAUGGAGCUCGGGCUCCCAAUUCCCUGCAAUAUCUCCCGCUGGGGAAUGGAGCUCAGGCUCCCAAUUCCCUGCAAUACCGGUGGAGAGACCUCGGUCCCAUCUCCACCUGGGGUUCCUCCCAGUAAAUCUCAACAACGUCUUCCCAGCUGAAUGGUUCUGGAACUGGAUCUGUCACCUUGCUGCACUGCUGAGCCUUCUCAAUGGAGUGGAAGAGAUCUCGGUAGUCCUGCUCCAGUUCCCACUCCAGGGUUGCUAGGUGAGCCAGGUCUUGCUCAAUGUCGUGAGUGUCAUCCCAGUCAUACCUGCUCUCCCUCCACUCCAAGAGAUCACUGAACCGGGCUUGUGUAGGGCUCCCAAAUUCAGGCUCUGAAAAGGCCUCCCACAACAAGCCAGGACCAUCAAACUCCUCUCCCUCUGGCUUGUCAUGCUCGGCUGUCCAGGGCAGGUACUGUGCCCCAUACCACCAGAGCGCCUGGUAGGCAUCUUCCAGCCAAAUCUCCUGCCAUACCCGGUGCUCCAAUUCCUUCACCCAUUCAUCCAGGGGCUGCUCUCCCAGGAAAGUCAUCCGCAGGGCUACUUGCUUCUGCAACCGCUGCUCUUCACUGGGGAGACUCUCGCCCCGCUGGUAUUGUACAUUAUCCAGGGCUUGGUACCAGAUGUCUUUCCUUAAUGCAUCCCGGCCAUCCAGGUCCUCCUCCUCGUAUGAUACUGCUGGUUCCAUUCUGUUGCUGUCAGGGUCGCUGUACUCAGACAUGCGUUGUCCUCAAAUUGUAAAUCCACGGAAUGGUGUCGCCUGUAGCUGUCCUGUAGUCUGUGGGAACGAUCCCGCCGCUUGCCACCAAUUGUAACGGACCGUUUUGCAAAAAAGGGGUAAAAACUGUUUAGUAGAUCUUCCCCUUCCAGAUGCACAGAUACUGCAGAACACCAAUCCGCCGAACAGGAAACCAUAUGAAUGCUGUAAACAGCCGAAUAGGAAAAACCAUAUAAAUAGGUUUACACUCCUAGCAGUCAAACUGGAACAGCAUACAAUAAAUCCCCCCAAGAACGAUUCAAAGCUCCGUGUUGAGGGUCAAGCAGUGAACAGAAAGAGCUGUGGUUUUAUUGUGCUUAUGUACACAUUCUUACACAUUAGUACCACCCACAGGGUUUUGGAACACAACCAAUAAACACAUACAAUACACUCAGACACUCCCACACAAAUUCCUCCCCUCUGCAUGUUAUUCAAUUACCUUACACAAUGGGUGAUGUAAUUUAGCACCAGCAGAGAAAUACAAUUUUUCCACAUUAUUCAUAACUUGAAAAAUAUGCAUCACAUUCACAUAAAACUUACAUUCAGAAUCAGCAUACUCCAAAUACAAACAUACGUCAGAAUCAUACAAAUUGGUCCAGUGGUUCAAAAGAUAGAUCGUAGUCCUUUGUGACGACAGAAAGCAUGGCUUUUCUGCCCAAAACCAGUUCCACAGAGUCUUCUAUCCUGGAGAUAAUUAGAAGUAAUCCAAUUAUCUCCAAAGACAGAGGCAAAACUCCAUUGAACACAUGGCCGCAAAAAGACAGUAAAAUACAAUAAAAUACACAAGGUUACAUUUAUGACAUAAAAUACAGACAUGCAACAUAUGCCCAAAUAGCUUAGGUCUGAGCGCACAUUAUUACUGAAUGGCACUCAGAGCACACACCUACAGUUCAAUUGACAUGGAGCUAAGGUCUUUCCCAUAGUCUUUCGUUAUACGAAUGGGCUCCAUGGCAUAGCUAUCUGGGGUAUCACGGCUCAAACAGGGCAAGCACCUAAUGACCCGGCUUUCUUGUUUUUGCAGGGGAAAAUCAAGCCUUUUAACAUGGGGCCAUAAUCCAAAGGCAACAGGCGGGCAACCAGGCUUCUCCAAUGCAAUGUGGCGAGAUUGCUCUCGUCACAACAUCUAAGUAACCAAUUAAUUUAAUUAAUUGAAUGAUUGAGCAACCAGCAGGUGCUUAAUUGCUUGCUCUAUCUACCCUACUUGCAGCUGAAGAGGAACAGACCAGGUGAUCCAGCAGCCUCGUUAGGCUCAUCAGUGGUAGCAGCUGGAGAGGGAGAGGUGCAAGGUAUGUCUGGAGGGGAGCAUAUAGAGGAAUGGACAAGGUUAAGAAGGGGAGCUGUGUUUCCAGGGCUCAGAGGUUGUGUGCUUUGUGACUGACUGUGUCUCUGUUGCUAUUUGUAGCCAGCUUACACCUAGAUGAGGAAGAGGUGGGUGGCACUGUGCCCAAGGCUCACCGCAAGCUGAAGAAGCCCAGGCGAAUGGCAGGUGAGUAGCUGGGCGCCCAUUCCGGUUAUCGCUUCUCGGCCUUUUGGCUAAGAUCAAGUGUACUCUUAUCUUGCCAGGAGGUUCCAGUGGAUUGGCGACGCUAGCUCCUCGGCCUUCCGGCUGCGUCUUCUCUGUGGAGACGUGGUCCGGUUGCUGCUAUUGGGGGGCGAUCUGAGCUGACACUGGAAACGGGUAGCGAUCCCAGGAUGGAGCGUGGUGCGCCGUCCUACCAGCGAACCAUUCGUGUGGUUGUAGCCGAGGAGAAGCGGAAAGCUGUGAGUCUCUACACGGUGCAGAAAGAGAUCAUGGAGGAGCUAUUGAAGGUACCGAGAGAAUGGCUUUUUUGUGUGCAGGAUUUUCCUGGAAGAGGUGUAUAUGACAUUACACUGAAAGAGCAGGAGCAGGUGACUACCAUAAUGGAGAGAAGGCAUCAGAAAGUGGGGGAAGCUCUGCUUGAAGGUGUAUCUUAUCUUCCGUAUGUCCCUGUAUCCAGAAUUCCCAUGGUGGUCCAUAUGUUCAACCCGUUUGUUCCAGAUGAGGAGAUUGCUGCUUUCUUAUACCGUUAUUGCUCAGUGGUGUCAAAACCUGUGAAGUUAGUGAACAGGUUUGGCACAUAUAAUGGUAAGCGCAAAUUCUUUGUUGUGUUAAAAGUUGACCCUGGCGAAGUCAGUGGGUUGAAACAUCCCCCACAAAACUUCUCUAUAGGGGGGAAUAGAGGAUAUUUGUUCUACCCUGGACAACCCAUGUACUGUAGAAACUGUUUUCAAUUUGGACAUACGAGUGAGGAGUGUGAGAAGGGCAUGUGCUGCCGUAAUUGCUUUGGCGAAGGUCACACAGCAGCUGAGUGUGCGGAGUGCCGUAUGUGUGACCUUUGUGGUUCAGACAGGCAUAUGGCUCGCACAUGCCCGACAGUUCAAUUGGUGCCUCCUUGUGUGAACCCAAGUGAGAAGGAAGUAGGUAAGAGUCCGGUAACCAAGACAAGGUUACCAUUUAUUCCUUCAUAUGGAACUCAAUUAAGAUCAAUAGAAGAACACCAAGAGAGGCAUGCAAGGAUUAUGGCUGAGGAUGAGGCAAAAAAGAAUGCAAGAGAGAAUGUAGAGACUAAGGUGGCUGCUGAGUUAAUGGAAUGUGCUGAGUGUGUGGAAGUGGAGAAAGUUGUAGCAGGACCUUCCACUACGGUUGAGUCAGAGGAAGAGGACGCUGGGAAAAGUGUUCCUGCUACAAAAAGAAUGAAGAGACAGAGCCAGGAACUGUCUCGUGAGUUCCCUAAAGUAUUAUUGGAGUCCUCACCUGAAGUCGGAGUGAUGUCAGACUCUGAGGCUUCAGGUCCGGCUUCCCCACUUUUUGACGCUCAGGCAGUCUUUAGACUGAUUGACAUCUCUGGGUUUUCUCAAGACCCAGAGAGGGGAGAGAAAUAUGAAGAUGUAACGUGAUUGGUGAUGAGGUUUUAUCCUCUGAAAUGGUGUCUGUUUUUUCUUUGAAUGUGAGAAGCAUAAAGACUGCAAAUAGAAGAGCAAUGGUAUUUGACUUUUUGAAGAAUUUAACCUUUACUCUUAUUUGUUUACAGGAAUGCGGUCUUAGUUUUAAUCCACAAGUGGCUAAAUGGGAUCAGGGGCCAACAAUAUUUUCAAGCAGUAAUGGUAAUAAUUUGGGGGUGGCGGUAUUGUUUAGGGGGUGGGACUUUGAAAUAGUUAAAGUGUUAGAGGUAGUGUCAGGGAGACUUUUGAUUGUUUAUUUUUUAUUAAGGGGCACUUUAUUUAGAGUAUUUAAUGUUUAUGCACCGGUAAAUAGGGGAGAAAGAAUGGAGAUGUUUGAAUGUUUGAGAAUGUAUUUACCUGGGAGGGAAUUCACAUUUUUAAUUGGGGAUUUUAAUUGUAUUAUAAGAAAGGAAGUUAGGGUGGGGACAAUUAUAAAUUAGAUAGUACGGACGUAGUUUAAAAAACAUUGUGAGAUUUUGGGUAUAAAGAUAUGGUGGAGGUCACAAUGGGUAGUGAGGUUUUUUUUUUUUUUAGUGAUAAAGGCAGAGUGAAAUCGAGAAUUGAUUGUAAGGUGAGAGUGGAUACGAAAAUGAAGUUUGGAAAAGGUGUUUGGAAAUUAAAUGUGAAUAUGUUAAUGGAUGAUGAGGUGAGAGAAAGUUAUUUCAAAAUGUAUAAAAAAUGGCGUGAAUGUAAGAAUAAAUUUGCUUGUAUUAUGGAAUGGUGGGAAUGGGUAAACAUGAAUACAAAAAGCUUCUUUAUAAAGUGUGGGUAUGAAAAAGCUAAGAAGGAAAGAGAAUGUUUUGAUGAAUGGAGGAAAAGAGUGGAUUAUUUAUGUAAAUUGCGUGAUUUGGGUUAUGAUGUAAAGACUGAUUUAGAAGAAGCAAGGGAAAAUAGGAAAAAAUGGUUGGAAGAAAGAGGAAGAAAGGUAGUAUUUGCGGCAAAGUUGAAUGUUUUAGAACAGGAUGAGAAGUGUACGAGUUUUUAAAAAAAAAAGUAUUUAACAAUAAAAAAAGUAUGGAUGGUGUUUUAAAUGAAGAAGGAAUGGUUAUAAAUGAUGGGGUUUUAAUGUUACAAGAAGUGAGAUCAUUUUACGAAUGUUUGUAUUCAUGUAAAGAGAGAGAUGUAAGUUUGGAAAAGGAAUUUUUAGGAAAAAUUGAUAGGGGUAUUCAGGAAGUUGACAAAAGUGAAUUAGAUAAAGAAAUAGAUAAAAAAGAGUUAUGGGAUACAAUAAAAAAUUUUAAGUUAAAUAAGACACCAGGAAGUGAUUGUUUGCCAAUGGAGUUUUAUAGGAUGUGUUGGGAGAUGAUUGAGAAUGAUUUUUUUAGAAGUGUGUAAAUGUGUUCUGCGUAAGGGUGAGAUGACUGAAUCAAUGAAAAAAGGUGUGAUUGUUUUAAUUUUUAAAAAGGGAAAUAAAUUGGAACUUAAAAAUUGGAGGCCAAUUACCUUACCUCGGAUUAUAAAAUUUUAGCGAAAUUGAUAGCAAACAGAAUGAGGUGGGUGAUUGGUGAUAUGAUUGGAGAAGAACAAAUUUGUGCAGUACCUGGGAGACAGAUUGCUGAGAGUUUGAUAGGGGUGAGAGAUGUUUUAUAUGAUUGUAUUGAAAGAAAGCAAGGAGUAGCGGUGGCUACGAUUGACUUUGAGAAGGCGUACGACAGGGUAGCUUAUGAUUUUAUGUUUAAAAUUUUGGAGAGAAUGGGUGUACCAUUUAAACUAUUAAAUUGGAUUAAGUGCUUGUAUGUGAAUAUUGAAAGUGUGGUACAAGUGAAUGGAUGGAUGACUGAGGCUUUUUGUUUACAUUGUGGGGUGAGACAGGGAUGUCCUUUGUCCCCAUUCUUUUUAUUUGUAUGAUUGAGCCGCUACUCCUGAGCAUAAGUAAAGAUAAGAUUGUGAAAGGUGUAGAAAUCCCAGGUAGUGGUGCGAGGAGAUUGAAAGUGAUUGGGUAUAUGGACGAUGUGACAGUGGUGUGCAGUACUCAAGCAGGGUUAAGAAGAAUUAAAUUAUUGGUAGAUAUUUUUUGUACGGCUAGCAGAAUGGAAAGAUUGAAUAGAGAGAAAGUAGUGAAAAAGAGAGAAUGGUGGAAUGGGUGUACCGGAUCUUGAACAGUUUUUAUUGAUACAAUAUGUAAGAUUGUGUGUGAAAUUAAGCCAGAAAGAUAGUAUGAUUGCAUGUAUGGUGAAAUACCAAGCAAGUAUGACUUUAAGAAAAUUUGAUUGGUAUGAUAUAGAUAGAACUAAGCCUGUGUGUUUUUAUACUCCCUGGUUUUAUAAGAAGAUUGAGGUGUGUGUUAGUAAAUAUGAAUUAGAGAAUGUAUCUCAGGAUGAUUGGUUGGAAAAAAAGAAAGUUUUUAAAAUUUUAAAAGAUAGAGAAGUUAUGAUUGAAAUUGGUGGACUGACAAGUGUGCAAAGUAAAGAAGUAUGGAAGAGAAUGAAUGAAGGUGAAUGUUUGAAUAGACAAAGAGAUGUUGCAUGGAUGGCAAUACAUAAUGUAUUGCCGACAAGAGAAUUUCAGCAUGAAAGAAGUAUAGCACGAUCGAAUGUGUGUCGAAGAAUAGGAUGUGGUAGUAGAGAGAAUGUUGUACAUGUGAUGUGGAAUUGUGAUUUUGUGAGAGAAGUAAUGAGAAAAUUAUUAAAGUUGGUAGUAGGUUUGUCUGGUAUACAAGUUUUUUUUCUUUUGAAGUGCUGUUGUUUGGGAUAUGUAAGAUUGAAAAAGAAAAAGAGAGUAUUAUGGUUAUUGGUUGGGUGUAUAAAGGAAGUGAUAUGGGAUGUAAGAAAUUUGUUAAUUUAUAAAGGUGAACUUAUAUCACUGGAUGGAUGUGUGAGAAUGGUUAGAGGAAGACUGUACUUAUAUUAUUUAAUGGACGUGAGGAAAAAAGGUGACAUUGAUGCGGAAGGGAUAUGGAAGACCAAAAAAUGGAAGAAAUGGUGUGCAUAGUAAGUUGGGUGGUGGGUAGUUUGAGUGGUAUGGGAUUUAACGAAUAUUUUUAUAAGUAAUUCGAUUUUGUAAAGGAAAAACAUAUUUAUGUAUAGAAUGGUGGGGAUUUGUUAAAGAUGGUUUUCGAAAAGUAAAAACACUCUAAAUAACUAUUUAUAUUUUUGUAGGGUUAUAUGAAAGAAAUAUGGUGGGUAUUGAAAAUAUUGGGUGAUGGGUUGUGUGGUUAUUUUUUGUUAUUUUUGUGUAAAUAUUGAAAAAGAAAAAAGAAAAAAAGGAGAAAAAAAAAUGGUCGCUGGGGUAAGUAUGCAUGGAUGAAUGAAUGAGUUAAGAGUUAUAGUUUGCAGUGAUUUUCUUUGAUGGGUGGUUUGCUGUGGUUUGGGGGAAGGUGAAGGGGUUUGGUUUUUGUGAAAUUUUGAUGUGUUCACAAGCAUUUUACUAUAAAAGAAUCAUGAGGAUGUUACUUGAGAGGUUCCUUGAAUGUCAUCUGGAGGAAAUACUCUGUGACUGAGUGAUUCAAAAAAAAAAAAAAAAAAAAAAUCUGUUCUUAUCAGUUUAAUAUCUGAUACGUCCCCUAUCUGGGGACCAUAUAUUAAAUGGAUUUUUGGGACAGGGAGAUGGAAGAGCUUGCUCUGUCCACUCCACACAUUGACCUGGUAUUGCAGUACCUCCAGGACCGGUGCACCUCUCUUAUGCUGGUUCAAAAAAUAGAAUUGAAAAAGAAAAAGAAAAAGCAAGCCUCUGGACUCUCACUUGGUGGGGUGGGUGGCAAAGAAAUGCAGGAAACCUGCAAACGAAGGCAAACUUGUUCUCCUUUCCUGCUUUCUCUGUCGUAAGUGCGAUCUCUGCCUCCCCCUGUCUGCGGCAUGCCUGAAUGAAGCCCCGACCGACCGACCAAAAACAUUCCUUGCAAUUAUGGACACUUGUAGCAAUGUUUGUUAACUGUUAUUUCAUUUGGAUAGCUUGUCCGAUUUGUUACUAUCUAUCAUGUGCUGUGUGUGCACCAUUCAAUUCUGUUCACCUGAUCCAAUGUAUUCAUUGUGGUCAUAUAAAUCUGUGUAAUCACUUCAUAGAAUAAAUAAAUGUGCCAAGUAUAUCCAUUGGGAAGACAGAGUAUUUCUAUCCAGGUGGACUCGGCUGGCUGGCUGGCUGCAUUAUCAGUGUUGAAAAGUGGGCGGUAUUAUGCAAAUCUGCUGCAGCAUGCUGGUCUUUGAAAUUACAGCACUAAUGUUUUGGAGGGAAAUCGGAGCAACAUCCAAGUAACCAAUUAAGGGUUUAAUUAAUUGAAUCAUUGAGUGAGUGAGCAAACCAGCAGGUGCUUAAUUGCUUGCUCUAUCUACCCUACUUGCAGCUGAAGAGGAACAGACCAGGUGAUCCAGCAGCCUCGUUAGGCUCAUCAGCGGUAGCAGCUGGAGAGGGAGAGGUGCAAGGUAUGUCUGGAGGGGAGCAUAUAGAGGAAUGGACAAGGUUAAGAAGGGGAGCUGUGUUUCCAGGGCUCAGAGGUUGUGUGCUCUGUGACUGACUGUGUCUCUGUUGCUAUUUGUAGCCAGCUUACACCUAGAUGAGGAAGAGGUGGUACUGUCCCCAAGGCUCACUGCAAGCUGAAGAAGCCAAGGCGAAUGGCAGGUGAGUAGCUGGGCGCCCAUUCCAGUUAUCGGUUUUCGGCUUUUUGGCUAAGAUCAAGUUUAAUCUUGUCUUGCCAGAAUGUUUUUGUGGUUGGUGACGCAAACCCCUCGGCCUUCCGGCUGUGUCUUCCUUUUGGAGGACGCAGUCCGGCUGCUGCUAUUGGGGGGUGACCUGAUCCACCACGAGAAAUGAGAAGUGAUCCAUGAUGGAGAGAGGAGGUCCAUCUUUUCCUAAAACCAUAUGUAUUUAUGUUGUGGCUGAGAAGAGGAUAUCAGUUGGUUUAUGUAUGUUAGAGAAAUAGAUCUUAGAGAAUUUAUUGAAAGUGCCGAGAGAGUGGAUGUUCUGCGUCCAGGAUUUUCAAACGAGAGGUAUUUUCGAUAUUACUUUUAUUGAACAAUAUCACGUUACUACGGUGAUGGAAUGGAUGCAGGUAAAGGAAGGUGAGAAAUUAUUGGAAGGCAUUAAGUUUGUACCAUUUGUGCCAGUUUCAAGUAUUCCUUUCUGUGUACAUAUGUACAACCCAUUUGUGACAGAUGAGGAAAUAAUAAUUUUCUUGAGUAGGUAUUGCUCUUCAGUGUCUAAGCCAGUGAAACUGAUUAAUGCUUAUGGUGUGUAUAACGGUAAGCGAAAAUUGUUUGUUAUGCUACGUCAAGAUACCUCAGAGGUAAGUGAAGGUUGAAACACCUUCCUAGAAAUUUCUCAAUCGGGGGGAACAGGGGAUACCUGUUCUACCCUGGACAGCCAAAGUUUUGUCGAAACUGCUACCAGGAUGCUGCAGGAACUGCUUCGGGGAGGGACAUACUGCUGCAGAGUGUACCAAAAAGUGGAAAUGUGAUCUUUGUGGUUCGGAGCGUCACAUGGCUAAGCUUUGCCCGAAUUUGCAGCAGGGUCCCCCUCGGACAGGGACUGCAGUGGAGCCCGAAUAGGCGGAAAAUAUUGAAGCUCCUGUGGAAUGAAAAACCGUUCAGAAGACAAGGUUGUCUUUUAUUCCAACUUUCGGAACACAACUGAACUCAGCAAGAGCAUGAAGAAAGGCCGCAUAAUUAUUGAAAAAAAGCUGAUGUGGUUCCAGAGACAGAGGUAAGGAUUACAGAACCAGAAGUUAUGGAAGCAGAAAUGGCAGGUUCGUCAAAUGUAAUGGAAGUAGGAGCAAUUGAGCCAAAAAAAAAAAAAAAAAAGUUCCAGCGGCAAAGAGACAAAAGAGGAAAGGUAAGGAGUUGGAUCCUGUAGACUUUCCGAAGAUUUUGAUGGCUUCUUCCCAUGUAGGUGGAGACUGGUCUGAGUCAGAUGUAUCCGGGUCUUAUUCCCCAGUAAUGGAUACUCAGACGGUAUCAGAGUUGGAGGAUACUGGUUUUCGAGUGAACCCUGACAGUAGCUUAGAACAUGGUGAAGGAACAUGAGAUGAUGUGGUUUAAUAACCCCUGAUCAAUGUUCCGUGUUAUUUCCUUGAAUACUAGAAGCAUAAAGGCGGCUACAAUAAGGGCGGUUAUUUUUAGAUUUUUUUUUUUUAGGCAAAAUAACUUUAUAUUCUUUGUUUGCAGGAAUGCUGUCUGAUGGACAAUCCUGUAUAAUUUCAUUGGGAUAAGGGACCAUCUGUGUAUUCUUUAGGAAUAGCAAAAAACACUGGUGUAGCAAUUUUGUUUAAAGGGUGGGAGUUUAGUAUUUUGAAAUCUAUGAAGGUGGUGUCAGGCAAGGUGUUAAUAGUGUAUUUUGAAUAUACUGGUACAGUGGGCAGAAUAAAUGUUUACGCACCUGUUGAUAAAAAUGAAAGAAUGGAAGUGUUUGAAUGUAUAGGAUUGGUUUUGCCUGGGAGGGAGGUUACGGUAUUGUGUGGGGAUUUUAGUAGCAUUUUGUGUAAAGAUAGGGAGGGUGUGGGUGAUGGGUACAAAUUGGAUAAAACAGGGGAAAAGUUAAAAAAUUUGGUAAAGGAUUAUGGUUUGGUAGAUGUGGUGGGGUAUAUAGGGGAAAAUGAUAAGUUUACAUUUUAUAGUGUUAAGGUACGGUUAAAUCCAAGAUUGACUUCUGUUUUAUUUCACAGGGUGUUAAGGUUGAGUUUCUACGGACAGAGUGAAUUUUUCUGAUCACGUGCUGUUGGAAUGUGAGGUGAGAUUGGAAGCAGGAAUGGAAUUUGGGAAAGGAUUUUGGAAAUUGAAAGUGAGUAUGUUAAUGGAUGAGGACGUGAAGAAAGAAUAUUUUAAGAUGUAUGAACUCUGGAUAAACAGUGGUGUCUCUAGGAUUCAUUUUUAGGGGGGGCACAUGGAGGGCCAGGGACAAAAGUAGGGGGGCACAUUUAACCCCACCCUCGCCGCAGUUUGACCCCGCCCCUGCCGCAUGUUAAGCACCCACCCCCAACACAAUGUUUUUCAUAAUCCUUGGUGGAGAAUUCAUUAUUUUCCACCAAGGAUUAUUAAAAACAUUUUCCCUUGAUAUAGUCCAUACACACACACAGACUGCUGAGUCCAUACACACACACACACACCAUACACACACACACACACUACUGAGUCCAUACACACACACACACACAGACUGCUGAGUCCAUACACACACACACACACACAGACUGCUGAGUCCAUACACACACACACACACAGACUGCUGAGUCCAUACACACACACACACACACACAGACUGCUGAGUCCAUACACACACACACACACAGACUGCUGAGUCCAUACACACACACACACAGACUGUUGAGUCCAUACACACACACACAGACUGCUGAGUCCAUACACACACACACAGACUGCUGAGUCCAUACACACACACACACACAGCUGAGUCCAUACACACACACACAGACUGCUGAGUCCAUACACACACACACACACACACACACACACACACACAGACUGCUGAGUCCAUACACACACACACACAUACACACACACACAGACUGCUGAGUCCAUACACACACACACAGACUGCUGAGUCCAUACACACACAGACUGCUGAGUCAUACACACACAGCUGAGUCCAUACACACACACACUGCUGAGUCCAUACACACACACACUGCUGAGUCCAUACACACACACACUGCCAUACACACACACACUGCUGAGUCCAUACACACACACACUGCUGAGUCCAUACACACACACACUGCUGAGUCCAUACACACACACACACACACACUGCUGAGUCCAUACACACACACACACACACACUGCUGAGUCCAUACACACACACACACACACACACACACUGCUGAGUCCAUACACACAGACUGCUGAGUCCAUACACACACACACACACACACACACACACACACACACCUGCUGAGUCCAUACACACACACACACAGACUGCUGAGUCCAUACACACACACACACCCCAAACCUACCUGUCACUGGAGGCUGGUGCUGGGGGUCAGACAUCCAUCUUCCAUCCUUUCCAGCAGCAAGGUCUGCUGCUCAAUGGGAGGCGGGGCUUUGUUUGGGGGCGGGGCCUAUACCUCCGGCCACAAACAACACCCAGCACCUCAGUACUGCAUUCCCUCGGGCUGUCACAGACUGUUACAGCCCGAGGGAAUAUAACUUUAAGCACAGCAUAUGGCCAGGAAGUUGCCAGCAUUUGGGGGGGCCCAAGAGGGGGCACAGCAUGAUGUGGGGGGACCAUGGCCCCCUCUGCCCCCCCCCCCCAGCGACGCCACUGUGGAUAAAAUGUGAAUGGGUAAAGUGGAAAAAAAAAUGUUUUACAAAGAAAGGAUGGGAGAAAGCUAGAGCAGAGAGAGAAUGUCUGGAUGAUUGGAGAAAGAGGAUUGAUUAUUUAUGUAAAUUGAGAGAAUUGGGAUGGGAAGUGGAGGAUGAAUUGAAGAAUGCGAGAGAAACUAGAAAUAAAUGUUUUGAAGAAAGAGGUAGAAAGAUUGUUUUUGCUGCAAAACUGAAUGUGUUAGAGUGAUGAAAAGUGUACUAGGUUCUUUUUUAAAAAGCAUAUGAAUGUACAAAGGGUAUGGAAGGUAUUAUGAGUAGAGAAGGGGGUAGUAGUAAAUGAAAAAAAGUUUGGUUUUGAGUGAAGUUGCAAGUUUCUAUAAGGAUUUAUAUACAGAAAAAGAAAAAUUAGUUUGGAAAAUGAAGUGUUAGAAUGUAUUGAGAAUGGAGUGAGUGUAGAGGAUGGUAAGUGGCUAACAAGAGAUGUAAAUAAGGUGGAAGUGUAUAAAACUGUUUAUGAUUUUAAAUUGACUAAAACGCCGGGGUUUGAUGGAUUGCCUGUAGAAUUUUAUAGAACAUUUUGGGAAGUGCAGGUGUGAUGUCUGAAUCAAUGAAAAAAGGAAUAAUUGUUUAGAUUGUUAAGAAAGGUGACAAAUAUGAUUUGGGUAAUUGGAGGCCAAUCACAUUGUUGAAUGCGGAUUAUAAGGUAAUGGCAAAAUUGGUAGCAAAUAGGAUAAAAAGAGUGAUUGAAGGAAUGGUAGGUGAGGAGCAAGUUUGUGCAGUGCCUGGUAGACAGAUUGCGGAAAGUUUGAUAGGCGUACGAGAUGUUUUAUGGUUUUGUAAGGAAAGGAAGAUUGAGGUAGCAAUUGCAAUGAUUGAUUUUGAGAAAGCAUAUGAUAGAGUGGCGCAUGAGUUUAUGUUUAAAGUGUUAGAAAGAAUGGGAUUGCCUUGGAAAUUGUUGAGUUGGAUAAGAAGUAUGUAUAGAGAUGAGUGUUGUUCAAGUUAAUGGAUGGAUGACUGAAAGUUUUUGAGUACAUUCUGGGGUUAGUGUCUCCAAUACUUAUUAUUUGUGUAAUAGAGCCUUUAUUGAAUAGUAUAGUGAAUGAUAAAGUUGUGAGAGGGGUUGAGAUUCCUGGAAGCAGUGAUAGAUGCUACAUGGAUGAUGUGACUGUUGUAUGUAGAGCACAAGUGAGUUUGAGAAGAGUUCAAUUAUUAGAUUAUUUUUUUUUUUUUGUAUGGUUAGUGGAUUUAAGGUAAAUUGGUAUAAAUGCAAAUGUAUGGCGUUUGGUAAAUGGAGAGAAUUGGAGUUAUGUGGUUGGCCAGUGGUAGAAAAUGGUAUUGAAGUUUUAGGUGUAAUGUUUGAGGAAGAGUUGAAAGGGAAAGAAAGUUGGAAGAAAGUAAUUGGUCGGGUGAAUCAAAAGAUUUGUGGAGUGAAAGGAUACUGUCUUUUGAAGGAGAAGUGUUGAUAAUUAUGGCUGUGUUGAUUCCUAUUAUGUUAUAUUUGAGUUUUGUUUUUCCCCCUGAUAAUAAAAGUAUAAGGAAAUAGAUUAGAAUAAUUUUAUUUUUUUGGAGUAGUAGAAUGGAGAGAUUGUGUAGGGAAAAAGUUGUUAAAAAGAGAGUAAAUGGAGGUAUGAAUGUGCCAGAUGUGGAAAAGUUUUUAAUGAUUCAUUAUGUUAGGAUGUGUGUUAGGAUUUCUAAAAAAGAGUGUAAUAGGAUGUAUGUUGAGGUAUGCAGUGGGUAUGAGUUUAAGAAGAUAUGGGUUGCAUGUGAUGGAUCAAACGAAACCUGUGUGUUUUAGUACCCCGUGGUUUUAUAAAAGGAUCAAUGUAGGUGUUGAAAAGUAGGAAUUGCAUAAUGUAUCUUGGGAAGAGUGGUGUGAAAAGAGAAGUUUUUAAAUUAUUGGAUGAAAAAGAGUGUGAUUGGAAUAGAUGGUCUGAAUGAACAAAUGAGUAAAGGUGUAUGGAAAAGAUUGGAUGAAACUAAUUUUUAAUAAAGAGACGUGGCAUGGAUAGCUGUGCAUAAUUGUUUGGCAACGAGAGAGGUGCAGUAUGGAAGAAGUUUAGCAAGGUCGGAAAUGUGUCCAAGAGAAGGUUGUGGGGGAAGAGAGAAUGUAGUGCACGUGUUUUGGAAUUGUUGUUUUGAGAAGUUGCAAAAGUUGUUGAAAUUGGUAGUGGGACUGACUGGGAUAUCUGUUUUCUUUUUAUGUAUUGAUGUCUGGUAUGUCAGAGAAAUAAAGAGAGUGUUAUGGAUUAUAAUGGUGUGUAACAUGUGGGGUAUAAGAAAUAUGUUGGUAUUUAAGAAGGAAAGUUUGUCAGUGAAUGAUUGUGUAAGAAUGGUUAGAGGGAAGAUGUUUCUGUAUUAUUUGAGAGAUGUGAGAAAAAAACCGGAGAGUUAGAUGCAGAGGGUGUAUGGAAAAUGAAAAAAAUGGAAGUGGUGUAAGUAGAAACAUUGUAGGUGGUGGGCAAGGUUUAAGUAUUCAAAGGUGUGUGUAAAUUUAAGGGUAGAAUUUUUUUUUAAUGGGGUCUUCUGGUUAGAACAAUAAUUAAAUAAUUGCAUUAAUGUGUAUAUUGGUUUUUAUUCAGGUUUUAUGCAAGAAAAGCGGUGGGAAUUGGUAAUGUAGGUUGGUGGGUUGUGUGGUUUUUGUGUUAAUACUAUGUGUAUAUAUACAGUGUGUUUAACUCCUUAAGGACACAUGACAUGUGUGACAUGUCAUGAUUCCCUUUCAUUCCAGAAGUUUGGUCCUUAAGGGGUAAGUAUGAAUGGAUGGAUGACUGUGGUUAGGAAUUGUUUAUUUAAGGAUGUGCUGUGAUGGUUUUUGGUGGGUGGUUUGCUGUGGUUUUUGGGUUGGUGGUGGGAUUUUUGGUUUGCGGUGGAUUUGAAGUGAUGUUUAAUUUUUAUUUAUUUUAUUGCACAGAUCAUGAUGAUAUUGAGAGGUUCCUUGAAUUUCAACUAGAGGAAAGGCUCUGUGAGUGGUCAAAAAAAAAAGAGAAAAAAAAAAUCUGUUCUUAUCAGUUUAAUAUCUGAUCCGUCCCCUAUCUGGGGACCAUAUAUUAAAUGGAUUUUUGGAACAGGGAGAUGGAAGAAGAGCUUGCUCUGUCCACUCCACGCAUUGACCUGGUAUUGCAGUACCUCCAGGACCGGUGCACCUCUCUUAUGCUGGUUCAAAAAACUAGAAUCGAUAAAGAAAAAGAAAAAGCAAGCCACUGGACUCUCACUUGGUGGGUGGCAAAGAAAUGCAGGAAAGCUGCAAACGAAGGCAAACUUGUUCUCCUUUCCUGCUUUCUCUGUCGUAAGUGCGAUCUCUGCCUCCCCCUGUCUGCGGCAUGCCUGAAUGAAGCCCCGACCGACCGACCAAAAACAUUCCUUGCAAUUAUGGACACUUGUAGCAAUGUUUGUUAACUGUUAUGUCAUUUGGAUAGCUUGUCCGAUUUAUUAUCUAUCAUGUGCUGUGUGUGCACCAUUCUAUUCUGUUCACCUGAUCCAAUGUAUUCAUUGUUGUCAUAUAAAUCUGUGUAAUCACUUCAUUGAAUAAAUAAAUGGGCCAAGUACAUCCAUUGGGAAGCCAGAGUAUUUCUAUCCAGGUGGACUCUGUUGGCUGGCUGCAUUAUCAAUGCUGAAAAGUGGGCGGUAUUAUGCAAAUCUGCUGCAGCCUGCAGCAUGCUGGUCUUUGAAAUUACAGCACUAACUUUUGGAGGGAAAUCUGAGCAACGUCUAAGUAACCAAUUAAGGGUUAAUUAAUUAAUUGAAUCAUUGAGUCAGCGAGCAACCAGCAGGUGCUUAAUUGCUUGCUCUAUCUACCCUACUUGCAGCUAAAGAGGAACAGACCAGGUGAUCCAGCAGCCUCGUUAGGCUCAUCAGCGGUAGCAGCUGGAGAGAGAGAGAGAGGUGCAAGGUAUGUCUGGAGGGGAGCAUAUAGAGGAAUGGACAAGGUUAAGAAGGGGAGCUGUGUUUCCAGGGCUUAGAGGUUGUGUGCUCUGUGACUGACUGUGUCUCUAUUGCUAUUUGUAGCCAGCUUACACCUAGAUGAGGAAGAGGUGGUACUGUGCCCAAGGCUCACCACAAGCUGAAGAAGCCCAUGCAAAUGGCAGGUGAGUAGCUGGGCGCCUAUUCCGGUUAUCGCUUCUCGGCCUUUUGGCUAAGAUCAGUUUACACUGGUCUUGCCAGGAGGUUCCUGUUGGUUGGUGACGCAAGCCCCUCGGCCUUCCGGCUGUGUCUGCCUUGGUGGACACAGUCCGGCUGCUGCUAUUGGGGGGUGACCUGAACCACCACGGGAAACGGGAAGUGAUCUGCGAUGGAGCGAGGUGGCCCCUCUUACCCCAAGACUUUGAGGAUUUUGGUGGCGGAAGAGAGACGGAAGGAUGUUGGUUUGUAUGCGGUCCAGAGAGAGAUCUUGGAAGGGCUGCUGAAAGUACCUCGGGAAUGGCUAUUUUGUGUGAAGGAUUUUCAGACCCGAGGUAUGUUUGAUGUUACUAUCAUGGAGCAGAAGAAGCAGAAGGAAGGUGAUAGUCUUCUGAUGGUUAUUACCUUUGUGCCUUAUGUCCCUGUGGCUCGGAUCCCGCUUUGUAUUCACAUGUACAAUCCUUUUGUGAGUGAUGAUGAAUUGUGUUCCUAAGCAGGUACUGUUCAUCGGUUUCAAAGCCGGUUAAGUUGCUUAAUACAUAUGGAGUCUACAAUGGAAAACGAAAGUUCUUUGUUGUCCUGAAGACUGAUUCUACAGAGGUGAGUGGAGUGAAACACCCCCCGCAAAAUUUCUCUCUUGGGGGAAAUAGGGGGUAUUUGUUUUACCCUGGACAGCCCUUAUAUUGCAGGAACUGUUUUCAGUUCAGGCAUCUGAGCGAUAAUUGUAGUAAGGGCGUAUGCUGUAGAAAUUGUUUUGGGGAGGGUCAUACGGCAUUUGAAUGUGCUGAAAGACGUAAAUGUGACUUGUGUGGGUCAGUCAGCCAUUUAGCAAGGUGGUGCCCAAAUCUACGUUUAGAUCCUCCUGUGGCAGAGCAUGCAGUAGGUACAGACGUGCAAGGUAAACCCGGUGUGAAAAUUGCUGCAAAAGUAAGGGUGCCUUUUAUUCCUUCAUUUGGUACGCAAUUACGCUCUGUUGAAGAGCAUGUGGAAAGGCAUGCAAAAAUUAUGAAGGAAGAUGCUUUGAAAGCAGCCAAGCAGGAGGGUGCAAAAGUAGAAGUCGUGGCUGAGGUGAUGGAGUGUGAAGAGGUGCCGGUGGUGGUUUCAAAAGAGGCUGGUGCUUCCACUUCGGGGGUUACCAGUGAGUAUGAGAAGGUACCUGUAGCAAAAAGAAAAAAGAUGAAGGAAUCUGGAGAGUUCCAGAAGCUUUUGGUAAUUUCUUCUCCUGAGGUUGGGGAACGCUCUGAAUCGGAGACUUCAGGGCCUUAAUCCCCUAUUUUUGAUACAGCAGCGGUUUCCAGGUUGUUUGACAUUUCAGGCUUUUCUCAGGAGCAGGAGAGCAAUUUUUGUUCCGAUGAAGGGACGUGAGAUGAUGAGGUUUUGUACUUCUGACUAAUUGUUUCCGUGUUGCUUCUCUAAAUGUGAGAAGCAUAAAAUCUGCUGUGAGGAGAGCCUUUAUUUUUGAUUUUUUGUCUAAAUUAAUCUUUGAUUUAAUUGUUCUACAAGAAUGUAAUUUGGGUGAUAAACCUUUAAGCACAAAAUGGGAUUUGGGUCCAUCAAUUUAUUCUUGUGGUGUAGGUAAAAAUAUUGGGGUAGUGGUUCUAUUUAGAGGGUGGGAGUGUGAUAUUUUGAGAGUAGUUGAAAUUGUUUCUGGGAGGGUGUUAAUGGUUUAUUUUAUGUAUAGGGGCACUGUGUGUAGGAUUAUUAAUAUGUAUGCACCGGUAGAUAAAAAAGACAGAAUGGAUGUGUUUGAAUGUUUAAAGCUUAUGUUGCUUGGGAAGGAAUUGACCUUUUUGUGUGGGGAUUUUAAUUGCAUUAUUAGAAUGGAAGAUAGAAUGGGUUUAGGUGAUGGGUAUAAACUGGAUAAAACGGGGAGAUUUUUAAAUGACAUGGGAUUUUAGGUUUGUUGAUGCGAUAGAUGUUUUGGGGGAUUGUGAUAAGUUUACUUUUUUUAGUGAUAAGGGCACUGUGAGGUCCGGUAUUGAUUAUUGUUUUAUUUUACAGGGUGCGCAGGGCAAAUUUCUACGUACACUAAAAAGUUCCUUUUUCCGAUCAUGUGUUGUUGGAAUGUGAGGUGAGAAUGGAAGUACAAAUGGUACAUGGUAAGGGAUUCUGGAAGUUGAAUGUAAGUAUUUUGAAGAAUGAGGGUUUGAAAGAUGAAUAUAUGAAAUUAUAUAAUUAUUGGAGGGAAUGUAAAAGUAAUUUUGAUAGUGUGUUGGAUUGGUGGGAAUGGAUGAAAAAAGACUUGUAUGUUUUUUACAAAAAAAGGGUGGGAAAAAGCGAGACAGGAAAGAGAAUGUUGGGAUGAAUGGAGAAAAAGGAUUGAUUAUUUAUGUAAACAGAGAGUUGGGUUGGGAAGUGGUAAAUGAGUUGGAGGAUGCUAGAGAAAAUAGACGUAGAUGUUUGGAAGAAAGAGGUAGAAAGAUAGUGUUUGCUGCAAAGUUGAAUGUAUUGGAGAAUGAUGAGAAGUGUUCAAGGUUCUUUUUUAAAAAGUGUAUGAUGGUAGAAGGGGUAUAGAAGGAAUAAGGAAAGAGGAUGGGUGUGUGGUGAAUGACAAGACUGCUUUGUUGAAUGAAGUUAAACUUUUUUAUGAAGAAUUGUAUAAGGAGAACGUUAGAGAUGUGGUAUUGGAAAAGGACGUAUUGGGUGGUAUUGAGAAUGGUGUGAAUGAAGAGGAUGUGAGUUGGUUGGAAAGAGAUAUGAAUAAAAAUGAACUGUUUGAAACUAUUUUUCAAUUCAAAUUGAAUAAGACGCCUGGGUGUGACGGUUUGCCGAUUGAGUUUGACAGGAUGUGUUGGGAGGUGUUGGCGGAUGAUUUUGUUGAAGUUUGUAAUGUAGUUUUGAAUGGAGGUGGUAUGACUAAAUCGAUGAGAAAGGGAGUAAUUGUAUUGAUUUUUAAGAAAGGUGAUAGGUGUGAUUUAAAGAAUUGGAGACCGAUUACAUUGUUGAAUGUGGACUACAAAAUUAUAGCCAAAGUGAUUGCAAAUAGGAUUAAAAGAGUGAUUGAGGGAAUGGUGGGUGAGGAGCAAGUGUGUGCUGUGCCUGGGAGACAAAUAUCAGAGUUUGAUAGGAUUGAGAGAUGUUAUUUGGCAUUGUAAGGAGAGAAAACAAGAGGUAGCAAUUGCAACAAUAGACUUUGAGAAGGCGUAUGAUAGGGUGGCGCAUGAUUUCAUGUUUAGGAUUUUGGAAAGGAUGGGUUUACCAAUGAAAUUGAUGGAAUGGAUUAAAUGUAUGUAUGAUGAUAUUGAGUGUGGUGCAAGUUAAUGGAUGGCUGACUGACAGUUUUAAAGUGUGCUCGGGUGUGAGACAGGGAUGUCCCUUGUCCCCGAUACUUUUUAUCUGUGUAAUUGAACCUUUGUUGAGAAGUAUUAUGAAAAAGUUGUGAAAGGGAUUGAAAUUCCGGGUAGCAGUGCAAGGUGUAUGAAAGUGAUUGGCUAUAUGGAUGACGUUACGGUGAUUUGUAAGACACAGGCUAGUUUGAGUAGGGUGAAAUUGUUGGUAGAGAUUUUGUUUGGCUGGUGGAUUCAGAGUUAACUGGGGUAAAUGUGCUUGUAAGGAGUUUGGGAAUUGGAGAGAGUUGGAAUUAUGUGGGUGGCCGACUGUAGAAAAUGACAUUGAAGUUUUAGGUGUGAAGUUUGGGGAUGAUUUAAAUGGGAAAGAAAGUUGGAAGAAAGUGGUUUGUCGAGUGAAUCAGAAGAUUGGGUUGUGGAAUGAUAGAGUGUUGUCGUUUGGGGGUAAAGUGUUAAUAAUUAAAGCAGUGUUGUUGCCAAUUAUUUUGUAUUUGAGUUUUGUGUUUUUACCAUCAGAUAAGAAUUUGAGAAAAUUGUGCAGAAUUGUCUUUUUAUUUUUUUGGGGUAGUAGAAUGGAGAGAUUGGGGAGAGAGAAAAUGGUUAAGAAAAGAAUAAAUGGAGGUAUGGAUGUUCCAAAUGUAGAAAGAUUUUUAUUGAUCCAUUAUGUGUGUUAAAAUUAGAAAGAAGGGAAGCUUGGUAGCAUGUAUGUUGAAGUAUGCGGCGGGGAUGAGUUUGAGAAGGUUUGGAUUGUUUGUUUUGGAGAGGACGAAAUCUGUUUGUUUGGAUGUGCCGUGGUUUUAUAAAAAAAGUGGUUGUUUGUAUUAAAAAGUACAAAUUGCAGAAUGUUUCGAUUGAUGAAUGGUGUGAGAAGAAGAAAGUGUUCAAAAUAUUAAAUGAUAGGGAGGAGGUGAUAGUUAUCGAUGGGUUGAAUGAAAAUUUGAGUAGAGAAGUUUGGAAAAGAAUGAAUGGAAUUGAGAUGUUAAAUAGACAGAGAUAUUGCAUGGAUGGUGAUACAUAAUUGUUUGGCGACGAGAGAAUUUCAGUAUGGGAGAAGGCUUGCAAGAUCUGAAAUGUGUCCGAGACAAGGUUGUGGGGCGAGAGAGAAUAUAGUGCAUGUGUUUUGGAAUUGUGAUUUUGUGAGAGAAGUUAUGAAAAAAUGUUUGAAGUUAGUGGUAGGUUUGACUGGGAUCCCUGUGUUUUCGUAUGAAGUGUUGGUUUUUGGGUUGUGUAAGUUGGAAAAAGAGAAAGAAAAAGUAUUGUGGAUCUUGAUGGCAUGUAUAAAGGAAGUUGUGUGGGAUGCUAGAAAUUUAAUGAUUUUUAAGAAUGAAUGUUUGUCUAUGGAUGCAUGUGUAAAAAUGAUUAGAGGGAAGGUGUUCUUGUAUUAUUUAAGGGAUGUAAGAAAGAAUGGAGAGCUUGAUGCGGAAGGGGUGUGGAAGACAAAAAAGUGGAAAAGAUGGUGUACGUAGAAAGGAGGCAGGUGGUAGGGGAAUUGGUAUAAAUAUGUGGUAUUGUUUUUGUGAAUGUAGAAAUCUUAUGAUGGUGCAGAGGUUAAUUGGAAUUUACUAUGAAAUCAAUGUUUUUCUUUUUUCUAACAGUAAUCAAAGUCUUUAUGGCGGGUUGACGUAAUGUGUGGGCGGUGGGUGUUUUGGUUUAUAAUUGUCAAAAUCUAGUGUGUUCUGUGUACCUUUGAUGUAAAUAAAAAUGGGGGUAAGUAUGAAUGGAUGGAUGAUUGUGAUAGUAUUCCUUGUUUGCAGUGGUCUUUGUGGUGGGUGGUUUGCUGUGGUUUUGGGGUGGUGAUGGGAAUUGAUGUGUUAUUGCUGUGUUAUGAUCAUUAAAAUUUUAUUGGAAAAGACCAUGAGGAUGUUACCUGAGAGAUUCCUUGAAUGUCUUCUGGAGGAAAUGCUCUGACUGAGUGGUUAAUAAAAAAAAAAAUCUGUUCUGUGCUUUGCCUUUAGGUGCUUUGGAGUAUCUUCCCUUGGCCCUGUAGCAUCGCCUUAACUGGCUUAAGCUACCUGCUGCUAUUGGGGGAAGAUCGAACCAGAGUGGCCUCUUGGUGUGGACCAGAUACAGUAUCCGAACAGUGGUGCUAUACACAUGCAAUCACGGGUUGCUGAGGUUUAGGUAGUAGGGCCUUCUGCAGAGAAGGAAACCAAAGCAACAAUGAUUUGCCCCCGGUAACCUUGGUGAAACUGCUGGAGUUCCCCAACACAGAGUGGAUUCUAUGCUGGAGAAGGACUCCUAACACUCUUGAGGCUUGAGCCGGCAGCGAAUCCAGAGGGUGGCAUAGACUGGGCGGCUGCGGAGGAGAAAGCCGAGCAACGGAAGUAGAGCUUCCUGCGGAGGAAGAAUCCGGGGCGAGGCAGCGCAACCCACUGCACAGCGGGAAGCCAAGGUGGUAGGGCCUUCUAGGGAGAAGGGACCCAAGGCAGCGCAACUUCCGACAGAGGAGAAGGCCAAGCAGCGGAACUAGGAUCUCCUGCGGAGGAGAUAUCCAAAGCUAGGAAGCGCAACCCACGGCGGAGCGGGUAGCCCAGGCAGUAGGGCCUUCUGAGGAGAAGGAAGCCUUGGCUAGACAGCGCAAAUCUCCUGUGGAGGAAAACGCCAAGCGGCGGAAUUAAGAUCUCCUGCGGAGGAGGAUUCCAAAGUAAGGCGGCGUGUACCACUUCACAGCGGGUAGCCAAGGCAGUAGGGCCUUCUGCGGAGAAGGAAGCCUAGGCAACGCUAAUCUCCUGAAGGGGCGGAGAAAGAGUGGCAGUCGAGCUUCCUGCGGAGGAAAAGCUGAGGUAAACUAGAAGCAGCUCCUGCGGAGGAGUAAACCUCAGUGCUGAACAGCUCAACCACAAUUUCUGCUUAACCCAACACCGCCCAGAGAGCACCAAGAAUGGCAGCCACGGGAGCCAAGACUGCUACACCACAAGGCACUGGGUCUAAACCCCAGAACUCCGGGACCGCUCCCCUCGCCUCCACUGGUAAGAGCAAGGGAACCGGGGCAAACCAUGGAGAAGCACCCAUCCUGGAGCCAUGGAUGAAAACCACAGUAGCCUUGAAAGUGAAGGAAGUAGACGGGAGGAUUCCCGACUUGAACCCAGAAACCUUCAGCAAACAGAUGAUAUUGGACCAAGGAUUCACCGCAGCGGAGACCCUGAGUGUACAAUCCCUCGCAGCAGGUCUGUUCCACGUCACGUUCAUAACGAUGGCAAUCUGCAAGAGGUACUGGGAACAAUUCCUUGCGGCCAAACCCGACUCUCCUUUCGCUCGAUUUAUAGGAAGCUGCCCAAUAAAGAGAGAGGAGAGAAGGGUGACGGUAUCCAUGAAGAACCCCCACACCCCUGGCAAGGACAUCGCAACGUUUCUAAGCAGAUUUUGCACGGUGAUGAGCGACCCAGCCCAGAUCAAAGACAAGCAUGGCUUCUGGACAGGAAGAUGGUUCCUGAUUGUCCGCCUGAAACAGGAUCCAUCCUCUCCUGGGAACUUACAUCUGCCGCAAUGCUUCUCCCUAGGUAGCUCAUCUGGCAUGCUGUUCUACCAAGACCAACCCAGGAACUGCCGGAAAUGCAACCAGCCCGGGCACCAGGGAAAGGAUUGCAAGGCAUCCGCCUGCAGGGUAUGCAAGGUGGCAGGCCACGACACCAAAAACUGUCCCAGGAGAACAACCUGCAACCUGUGUGGGGACACCUCACACAUGUACAAGGACUGCCCAAAAAGGACCAGGAGCUACGCGGCAGUAGCAAGUAAGGGGCUAUCAGCGACAGGCCCAGCUGAGACCCUCCAACUGAAACAGAAGCCAGGCAAAAAGAAGGACCCCCCCCUCCAAGACCCCUUCCCCGCUCUCCUCCCCGCUACAGGUAAACCCCUCGAGGAACAACUGCGGGACUCCUGUCAGCGGAAACGGAAAAUUUGCAAUGAAGAAGCAGGACUGGGGGACACAAGUCCACCCAAGGGUCAGCAAAAGAAAAAGGCGCAAACAGCAGCCUCCCCCUCCCCUGCAGAGGUAACCAAUGCAGAAGCAGACGAGCUCAUCCGAGAAGCCUUCGAGUGUGGUACAUCAUCAAUCCCAGAGCUGCAGUACACGGAAACCCUCGACUGCCAACAACUCCUCCUUGCGGAGCCAGUUCAGUGGGAGACGCGCCCACCACCUCCACCACCACCACUGGACAUUAAGGACCAAGGAGGAGGAGAAGGAAGUAGCUUCCCCCAACAGGGGGAUGGCGACGGUAACUGAGCAGCCAUGUCUGUGGGUGACGGUCUUUUCUCCUUUACAUUAAUUAUGGCGUCUAUUUCUAUUCUCACCAUUAAUGUUAGGAGCAUCAAGGAUAAGUUACACAGACAUGCUGUGCUAGGAUAUCUAGCCUCUCUCAAGUGUGAGGUGUUUAUGUUGCAGGAAUGUUCCAUCCCUUUCUCAAAGUCCUACCGCCACCAGGCCAGGGACUGGACGCACGGACCAUCCUUCUGGUCUGGUGGGAACGGGUGCAAGUCAGCAGGUACCGCUGUCCUAAUCCGGGGAGGAUGCCUCUCGGUGGACUCUGUCCGGGAGCUUGUCUGUGGUCGACUAUUAGUCAUGGACGGCUCCUGGGCAGGGGAACCGGUGAGGUUCAUCUCCUUGUACGCCUCGCCGGAGAAGAGACGGCGUUUGGAACUACUCCAAACCCUGCGGGCCCAACUCGCAACUACCAGAACAGUCUUGAUGGGAGGUGACUUCAACUGUCCGAUAGAGGAAGGAGGUCGCAGUUCCCAGAGCGCAGCCAAGCUAGAUGUAACCUCCAAACUGCUUAGGGAGAUGAUCACUGAGGCAUCCAUGAGGGACGCUGUGGGCUCAAUGGGGAAUGGCUCUGUAAAUUAUACAUGGAGCCGCCCAGAUGGGUCUUAGCACUGAAGGACAGACUUUGUGUUCACAUCCCGAACAGUUAAGCAUGCGCGCUCUGCCACCGUUCCCUGCUUUUUCUCUGAUCACAGGGCGGUGGAGCUCAAGGGUACACUGGGAAAGGGUUUUCCCCCUGGUCCAGGUGCCUGGAAGCUAAACUGUACUCUGCUGCAGACUGCGUACCUGGGAUGGCAGAUUGACAAGAGUUAAUUCCAUACCAUGGCAGAAUGGUGGGAACAGACCAAUGUCAGGCUCCGCAUUUUCUGGCAGGCAAAAGGCAGAAGCUUAGCGGCUGCCAGGAAGAGGUACUUCCAGAGACUGCAACAGAAGUUGCAGUCUCUGCAGGACCUUCAACUCUGUGGAUGGGACGUGGGUGAGGAGCUGGAGGAAACCAAGGAGGGUCUGAAAAGACACUUUGAGGAAGAAGCCAGACAAAUCAUCUUUUGUUCCAAGGUGGAGAAUCUUGAGAAGGGGGAGAAAUGCAACUCUUUCUUCUUCAGGAAACUCCACUCCGGCCACACACCCUUGUCGGAGUUGCGAGAUGGUAAAGGUGAUAUGCAACAGGGGAAAGAGAGGGUCACGAAGGUAGUAACGGACUACUAUAAGGACCUCUACUCCCCAAAGCACAUAUGCAAUGAUGCCGCCGAGAGAUUCCUCUCGGGUAUCACAAGGACGGUAGAUCCAGCAGGGAAAGCCGUGCUAGACGCCCCCCUGACCCUGGGAGAGCUGCACGUUGCAGUCAGAUCCUUUAGACCAAACAGGACCACGGGCAGUGACUGUCUCCCAGCUGAGUUAUACGUAACACUGUGGGACCUCAUUGGACCGGACCUGCUGGCCCUGUAUGAGGAGAUGGCAGAGGCGGGCUGCCUACCACCCACUCUCAGGGAGGGUAUGAUCACAAUUUUGUAUAAACAGAAGGGGGAGAGAUGCGACCUUUAAAAACUGGAGGCCCAUCUCUCUCCUUAAUGUGGACUACAAGAUCCUGGCCAAGGUCUUAGCAACCAGACUGAAGGAGGUCAUAGCACAGAUCAUUGACCCUGACCAGACCUGUGGCAUCCCAGGGCGCCGGAUCUCCGACAGCCUGGCACUCGUCAGAGACACGAUCCCUUACAUCAAGGACCGCCGGGUCCGGGCCGCACUCGUGUGCCUGGACCAGACCAGGAGAAAUCCUUUGAUCGUGUCUCUCACGAGUUCAUGAACAGGGCACUGCGCAGGUUUGGGCUGGGGGAAGUGUUCUGCUCCUAUGUAAACCUAACGUAUCGUGAUAUCUGCAGUAUUGUGUUGGUGAAUGGCUGGAAAACUGAACGCUUCCUAGUCAGAUUAGGGGUCAGGCAAGGCUGCCCUCUCUCACCUCUCCUCUUUGUCUGUUGUAUAGAGCUCUUUGCCGAGUCCAUCAGGCAGAACCUGGAGAUCAGAGGGAUCACCACACCGGGAACCAGAGGAAAAGAGAUCAAGUGCUCGAUCUACAUGGACGACGUCACCAUCUUCUGCGCCAACCACCAUGCAGUGAGAGCGCUCAAGUCCACCUGCGACGACUUCAGCAGAGCUUCAGGAGCAAAGAUCAACUGUGGGAAGUCAGAGACAAUGCUGUUUGGGCAGUGGGAUGUACCCUCACACCCUCUCCCCUUCCCCAUCAAAACCAGCCUCAUUAAGAUCCUAGGGGUCUGGUUUGGAGGAGAGGGUGCUGCCUUAAAAAGCUGGGACGAAAGACUGGCAAAAGUGAACCAGAAGUAUGGAUUGUGGAGCCUCAGAGACCUUACCAUCGAAGGAAAAAAACUGGUGCUGCGGAACGAGAUCCUCCCUGUUCUGCAGUACACGGCCCAGGCGUGGCCCCCUUUGAUGGCUGUUUGCAGAGCCAUCACAAGAGCAGUUUUUUUACUUCAUCUGGGGAUCCAAGAUGGACAGAGUGAAGCGCACCGUGAUGUACAAAGAACCCCACAAGGGAGGCAAGGGAGUGCCGGAUAUACCUGCCUGGCUUCGAGCCUUCUUUGUAUGCAAACGGAGUUCAAAGGACCCUAAGAGACAAUUCAAACCGCUCUGCUGGUAACUCCAUGUCCCGCUUUUUCCUCCUACCCAUCUGGAGAGGGCUGGGCUGGGACAAGUGGGACAGCUCCAUCCCUUACAACUGGAACACUCCUUGGUAUUACCUUGAUGUGAGAAAGUUUGUGAAGGAACAUCAUCUGGAAGGAGUCAAACCGGAACUGUGGACCCCUAAGGCGAUCUACAAACUCAUCAGAGCACAAGACAUUACAGAGUCUGUUCCAGGGCUGCCAGCCGCCACAACAGAGACUGUAUGGAAAAAUGUGGCAUCCGGCAGGCUGACCAAUAGACACAAAGACUUGGCAUGGAUGGCCAUCCAGGGAGGCCUCCCCCUAAGGACAUUCAUGCAUGCGAGGGGGCUGUGCAGAUACAGACAUUGUCCGCAGUGCAUUGUAGAGGAGGAAACUUCUCUACACCUCUUCUGGCAGUGCGAAUUUGCACAGGCUUUGCUGCGUGCCCUGGAAAGAGAACUCAGACUCAGUCGAAAGACAGCAUCUGUUCUGUACGGACUAUUCCCCGGAACACACACAGUAGGGGCAAUUGAGGAUGCAUGGCGCCUACUGUGCUGCAUGAAGGAUGCCCUAUGGUUCGCCAGGAAUCGCUUGGUGUUGAGGAGGGAACAAGUCACUAUCCGAGACUGCCGCAGACUGAUUCACAGCAUGCUCAGAGACUAUGACACCAUAGACAACCUCGGUGAAAGAGAGGAGGACUGAGAUUAAGACCCCUCAGCCCAACCCCCCCCUCUUUUCCUCGAGACUUGAGCCCAAUCAACAUAACCCCAACUGUUAAAGUGAAGAUAAGCCCCCCUCCCCAAUUAUUUAUUUAUUUUACUGGGAAUGUAUGGGUGCAUUUAUGUAUGUAUGGUUGGCAGUCGGUACUUGCGCACUAAUAAAAGUCUCUGACCAAAAUGCCCAAUGCGGACUGCCAGCAAGGUAUAAAGUUUAUAAGAAUGUUUGACACUGCGCUGCGUCGCAGAUAUGUUUAACCUGUAAACUGUUUAUUUUGAAAUAAAGACUUUUUAUUCAAUAAAAAAUCUGUUCUUAUCAGUUUAAUAUCUGAUACGUCCCCUAUCUGGGGACCAUAUAUUAAAUGGAUUUUUGGGACAGGGAGAUGGAAGAAGAGCUUGCUCUGUCCACUCCACGCAUUGACCUGGUAUUGCAGUACCUCCAGGACCGGUGCACCUCUCUUAUGCUGGUUACAAAAAUAGAAUUGAAAAAGAAAAAGCAAGCCUCUGGACUCUCACAUGGUGGGUGGCAAAGAAAUGCAGGAAACCUGCAAAUGAAGGCAAACUUGUUCUCCUUUCCUGCUUUCUUUCUCUGCCGUAAGUGCGAUCUCUGCCUCCCCCUGUCUGCGGCAUGCCUGAAUGAAGCCCGGACCGACCGAGCGACCAAAAACAUUCCUUGCAAUUAUGGACACUUGUAGCAAUGUUUGUUAACUGUUAUUUCAUUUGGAUAGCUUGUCCGAUUUGUUAUUAUCUAUCACGUGCUGUGUGUGUGUGUGCACCAUUCAAUUCUGUUCACCUGAUCCAAUGUAUUCAUUGUUGUCAUAUAAAUCGGUGUAAUCACUUCAUUGAAUAAAUAAAUGUGGCAAGUAUAUCCAUUGGGAAGCAAAGGGGGGAGAAGAGUCUGCGCUAAACCGGAGGAGCAGCAACCCUAUAAGGGAAUCCCUCAAGAAACCCUUGUAGAGACAGUAAAAUACAAAAAAGGGGGGAAAGGGCUGCGCUAAAAAAUAAUAAAUAAUAAUAAAAAAAAUAAAAAAAUAAAAAAUAGGAUAUAAUCAAUAGACCAAGUUCGUCUAAAAAUGGAUAAAAACAGUCUCACUGAUAUGUGAUGAUAGGGUAAUAGUCCUCAGGUGUUGAUCCGUCCGUGUGGCGGCAGAUAGUCCAUAUAUGUGGAAAUAAAAACAGAUAGAGAGCUUCCAAUGGUGAAAUAUAGUACGUCUAGAUGUGAUGUAUAAAUCAAGAGAAAAGUAUUCCAAUCACAUUUGUUGGAGCUUGAACCAGCUCUAGGAGAAGAGGCACUUAGUGGUUUAAUCCCCACUAUCGGAUACACUUUAGUGAUGGGUCCGUCUGUCACGACUUUGGAUUUCCUUGAUGUAGGCUGGGACCUACUCAGAUGUGCGUAGUUCUAUGGUGCUUGGGGAGAUAGGUCCGCCUCUCCAGUUUGGAAUAAUGGGUAUCCACGAAAUAUAUAAAACAGUAGAUAGUGCUCUCAGUAUGAACAGUAAAAAUAUUUUAAGAAAAUAAAUUAUACUUACAAGAAUAGAGCAGACAAAUACUGCUCUAUUACCACAGCGCUGGUGGAAUUAUCCCCACCUGAGGAUUUCUUUGGACAGGAUACACUUCAGGGUUAUGGUGUUUUAAAAAUAAAAAUUAAUAAAAGAUAAAAAUAAAAAGAUAUAGUAUAAAAAAGUGCCAGGAGUAGUUGAAAUGUAUAAAAUACAAUAAAAAUAAGUAUAAGAUUGGUCCUCGUAUAAAAGGCUAACCAAAAUUAACUUUUAUUGAUUUAAAAUACACUUUUUAAAACCAUUUACGCGUUUCACCUAUGAGGUUUUUUCAAAAUGGUAAAAGAACAAUACACCUGGCAGAAAACAGAAUUUAUAAGUUCAUACAGAAAUUGAAUUUGGCGCCAAAAUUUAGUGCACCAAUCAUAUUCAAGAAUUAAAACCGAACGAAAAUUACAAUAAGAAAUAAGUAAAAAACUAUAUAAAUACAAAGAUCUAAGCCUGAUUAGGCUUGGUUAAUACUAAUUUUGUAAAAACGAAGCUUUUAUAAAGUUUUAUUUUAAGUUGGUCCCGAUCACGUGAUCGGGACGUGCCGCGCAUGCGCGGACCAUCUGAAUAGGCGGAUCGCUUAGAGAUGUAAACAGAGGGCUCGGUGGCCAGCAUGGGAGCGCAAUGCUCCAUGGGAAAUGGAGUCCUGCCGGUCACCGAGCUCCUAAGGGCAAAAAACAUAAGGGAUUCGAUUUUAAACAGUAUUGCAGCAUAUAGAGGAUUCCAAUAGAAGUAUUAAGCAGAAUACAUUUAACAAUCAGAGUAAUAAUAAAACUACAAAUGCUAAAAAUACACAUACUAAAAAUACAAAUACAGAUAUAUAAAUGUAUUAUGUAAUAUAUAAUCUCUGCAAUAUAAAUGCACUGAAAAUAAAUUAAAGAGAUAAGAAUUCCAUAAAAAAGGUAACAAUAAAAGUGGAUAUUGUUAUAAAAAAUUGUGCAGAUCAAAAUCUGCAUUAAGUCCAUUAGGUGUUAAAGUCUGUAGUUUAUAGACCCACUCCAUCUCAAUUUUGCCUAGAAUAUUUUUUAUAUCUCCUCCUCUCCAAGGUAAUGAGCAUUUUUUUAUACCCUAAAUCUAAAAGAAAAACUAUUACCCUUCACCGAAACACAAGCCUAUAACCAAAACUGCAUAUUAAUUCAGAGUAAGAUUGAAAAAGUUGAGACAGACACGAAACAUAUUAAGAUAAAGAAAUACAUUAGGGACAAGACAGAUUACUCAAACAAACAAGUACGCACUUAUCACCUUAACAGGAGAUAUACUACACAAAACUAUAAGGAUUAUUCUCUAACCAAUAGACAUCACACAAGGACUGACACAUUUCCCCAAACAAGAAGAAACACUAUCAACACUUGCCAACAAGAUUAUCAUCACCAAAAUUAUAAUAAAUAUCAAAAUUACACUAAUAAGAAAUUCACACAGUCACCUGACAAACCCCAACCAUCACACAAGCAAUCAACUAAUUUCUAUUCCGGAUCCCAAGUUGGACCUUCAGUCAGACCAAAAUACCAGCAAUCACAAAUACCACCUCAUUACAAACCAAAAUAUACACAUUCUCCACCACCCAAGAAAUAUACCACCAAUUCAUAUAAGAGAAAUUUUUCACCAAAACAUCAAAGAUCCAGAUAUAUUAACGAUCAAAUUGAGCAACCUAAAUCACCCAGUAUCCCUUAUCACUCCAAUAGGUACCAAUUGCUAUCAAUCGAUUCCGAAUUUGAAAAUGAGGAUCAUUUUUUAGAAAUUCGCACUCACCCAAGCACUCUGAACCAAACACCUCACCCGUCACGAUCCCAAAAAAGAACCUUAAGCCUAGAGGAAGAAGUGGAAGACGGGAGCAAGAGAGAAAAACUAGAAAGAAAAUAAGUUCCCCUAAAAAUCUAAACAGUGGGAUUUUUAAUCUUUCCCAAAAAACUCUUACCAUAACACAAUUGUCGGUUUUAAACAAAGGUCUCAAGUUUGCCCCAACUAACCCUUUCAAAUCCUUCGAGGCUUUUAUUGACAUUAACAAGUUUGUCCGAAAAGCAACUCUGAAACGCUAUUUUAAAGAAAAAACAGAAGAAAAUUUUAUCUCCAAUAAUCCCACUGAUAAUAGUGCAAUUCUUCCCCCCUCCCCCUCCCAGAGAAAACAUAUUAUUAACACACAUUUUAAAGACAAAUCUAAAUUUUAUCCAGCUUUUAUGAAAACUGCUCCUUUAUCUGUUUUUGAGAAACUAGUUACAAACGAUCUAAAUAAGUUAAAGACUAAUAAAUAUGACACACAAAAUUUAACAAACAACGAAAAAAAAGCACUUAGAGAGUUACAAGAUGACAAUGAUAUUGUGAUAAAACCAGCCGAUAAAGGAGGUGGUCUAGUCAUCCUAUCUAGUGCCAUGUACAUAGAGGAAGCGCAUAGACAAUUAAACGACCCCGAUGUCUAUGAGAAACUUCCAUCAGAUCCAACAAAGACCAUUCAAAAUCUCUUUUUAACUUUUUUAAAUAAAGGUGUAUCUCAAUCCAUCUUAACUAAACAAGAGUAUAACUUUUUAAACAAAAAAUUUCCGAAAAUCCCGGUAAUAUAUUUUCUGCCAAAAAUACACAAAAAUGUCACUAAUCCCCCUGGCAGACCAAUAGUGUCAGGGAUUGGUUCGCUUUUAUGCAACCUAUCCCAAUAUAUAGACACUCUCUUACAACCUGCCGUUAAAAAAAUGAAAUCUUAUCUUCAAGACUCUAUGUCUCUUUUAAACUUUUUUAAUGAUUUUAAAUGGGACCCCAAUUUUAUCCUGGUUACUUGUGAUGUCCAAUCAUUAUACACAAUUAUACCCCAUAACAUUGGAUGUGAAGCCAUCAAAAAUAUUUUAAUAAAGGAAGAUAGAAUUCCGGAAGAACAAAUAGAUUUUAUUUUAGAGGGUAUUAAUAUUAUUUUAAAAAACAAUUACUUUUGGUUUUUAGAUUCCUUUUACCUCCAAAAAAGAGGAACAGCUAUGGGUACCAGGUUUGCCCCUAGUUAUGCCAAUCUGUUUAUGGCAGCCUGCAGCAUGCUGGUCUUUGAAAUUACAGCACUAAUAUUUUGGAGGGAAAUCGGAGCAACAUCCAAGUAACCAAUUAAGGGUUUAAUUAAUUGAAUCAUUGAGUGAGUGAGCAAACCAGCAGGUGCUUAAUUGCUUGCUCUAUCUACCCUACUUGCAGCUGAAGAGGAACAGACCAGGUGAUCCAGCAGCCUCGUUAGGCUCAUCAGUGGUAGCAGCUGGAGAGAGAGGUGCAAGGUAUGUCUGGAGGGGAGCAUGUAGAGGAAUGGACAAGGUUAAGAAGGGGAGCUGUGUUUCCAGGGCUCAGAGGUUGUGUGCUCUGUGACUGACUGUGUCUCUGUUGCUAUUUGUAGCCAGCUUACACCUAGGACGAGGAAGAGGUGGUACUGUGCCCAAGGCUCACCGCAAGCUGAAGAAGCCAAGGCGAAUGGCAGGUGAGUAGCUGGGCGCCCAUUCCGGUUAUCGCUUCUCGGCCUUUUGGCUAAGAUCAAGUUUAGUCUUGUCUUGCCAGAAGGUUCUAGUGUUUGGCAACGCAAGCCCCUCGGCCUUCCGACUAUGUCUUCUCUGUGAGGACAUAGUUUGGAUGCUGCUAUUGGGGGCGACCUGCGCCUUCACUGGAAACGAGAAGUGAUCCAGGUUACAAGAUGGAGCGAGUGGCGCCUUCCUUUCCCAAGACAGUUCGGCUGUAUAUUGCAGAAGAAAAGCAGCGAUCUAUUGGGUUGCAUACUGUGCAGCGUGAGAUUUUGGAAGGUUUAUUGAGCGUUCCGAGAGACUGGCUGUUCUGCAUACAGGAUUUUCCAAGCCGUGGAAUUUUUGAUAUUACGUUUAAUGAACAAGACCAGGUAACAACGGUUAUGGAGGGAAAACGACAGAAGGAAGGUGAUGUGUUAUUGGAAGGAAUAUCCUUUUGUUCCUGUUUCUCAUGUACCCCUUUGUAUCCAUAUGUACAAUCCUUUUGUGUCCGAUGAAAAGAUUGUGUCCUUUCUUAAUAGGUAUUGUUCUUUUGUCUCUAAGCCUGCGAAACUGGUAA